GGGCCAUCAAGUGGUGGGAAACGGCAUUGCGCCUUCAGACUGCUCUGUUGUAAUGGAGCAAAUGGAAACACUGAAUUGAAACAUUCAUGCUUGAGCUGGUCUUUUGAUGCCAGACAAAGGUGAAUUUUCCGCCAAAUUAUGCAGUAACAGGCAUGAUCCCAUUAUUCAGCGCAUAAAGAAAUGAUUUUAAGAGGAAAUAUACACUAAGGUAAGUAAAAAUCUUAUUAUUCAAUCAUUCCUGACUAAUUAAGCUGAUUAAAACCUUUAGUAUUAACUGUAAGUAAUACCACACUCCCUUUUGCAAUUAAACUACCUUUACAGGCUUCCUCUUGACUCUGCUACCCACCUCAAUAUAUGUCUCUUCACCCUGAAGAAACUGCAGAACAUCUUGGGUGAUUGCUGUACCAUUGGACAGUAACUGUGCUCAGGUAAGGUCUGCUGGUAAAGAUCACAUAGACGUUUAAAGUCAUUCAAAAACAAAUAUCAUCCACUUUACGGCAUAGCGUUUCUUAACUCCUACUUCAGAUCACUUGACCUGAAAGAUGAGCAAAGUGGGGAGGUGAGUUUGGGUUAACAGAGCGUGAAAGUUAGCUCAAUUGAUUCUCAUAUGCAUGACUAAGCUGACAUGCUGACUGGAAGCCAGUGAUGGAAAGUUACUACUUAUUACCAAGAGCAUAAUAAAGAUCUGAGGUCAUUUAGAAUGUUAUAUGUGUCUCCAUACGUGGUGCAGGUUGAUUCCUGCAUUGAAUUAUUUCUGUAAACCCAUUACUGGGAUUUAUAUUACAAUCAAUUGUUGUGUAAUGCAUGAAAUACCUAACUUUAUGUAACACAGUUUGACAGCUAACCCUCUCAAUGCUCAUAUCUAUGCCCCCAUUAUACAAUAAUGUAAUAGAUGAUUAUGUAACACUGAUAGUAUCAGUUCUGCCUGCAUUGUAAGUGUGUUUUGUCACCAACAUAGCAUACUUUAUAGGAUUUUAUACGUAAUAUGUGCUGUUAGAAGAAUUAAAUUACACAUAUGUAGAUGUAUUUAUUACAGUAGUGGAACUGAAUGCCAGAUUUUUUUUUUAAAGCUGUUCAAAUAAGCAUACAGAGGUAAAAGUAAAAAUAAAAAUCUGUUCAUUAUUUUGAUUUUUCAGGUUCUGAAAUUUCAGUUUCACAUUCAAAGAUAAUAUGAUAAAGUACAGACAGUGGCACUAGGCCCAAGGCUAUAAAUAGAUUUUUUUUUCCUGGAUGCUCAAUUAAUUCACAAACUCUCGAGUCCCCUUUGAACAUGCUGCUUAGCUUUGUUUGUGAUGACUUGGCAGAUAUUUUGCAGCAUAAAUCCCAACGGGUUUUGACAGUCAAUAAAAACACUAAUCUGCUUUCAUUACACAGACACAACAGUAAAACUACUCUGGAUGGAUUAAUGGUAUGAGCAAAAACAACUCUGCUACACUACCUUAUUUGACUAAUGAGAUAUCCUUGUGGCAUUAUGCUUACUACCAGUUUCUGCAGCGCUUUAGAGGAGAUGAAACCUGCAUAUUAUUGCAUCCUCAGCUAUUGUAUAUCACACAUUAAGACACUGCAGGGUGAAAAGUAAUCAGUUUUUAAGAUAUGCAUUAAAAAUAUUUUUUAUAUAUUUAAACUGUAUGUUCUUUAGAUGCAACCCAAAAUUGGAUCACAUCAGCUUGGAUUGAAUUAAUCUUUUUAGAUCCGUAAUUAGGGGAGAGUGGGGUAAGAUGAGCCAUUUUUCAUAUUUCGGAUCACUACAUCAAGGCAAUCAUAGUUUUGUCUCUAACUAGUGUAUCUGCAUAUAUUUCAAGAUGUUGUGCAUCCCUGCAAACCAACAGAAUGAGUGUAAACAGAACUGUCUUGAUAAUAUAGCAUGCCAAAAAAAGUGGUCUCCUAUGGUCAACUUACCCCGUGUACUCGCCACCCCAGCCCUCCCUCACCUUCUCUCUCCCUAAAUAACAGUCACUUCUUCACAUUCAUGUGUAUUUUUAUCUAUUAUAUGCUAUCCAACUGUUACAAUAAUUCAUUUUAUUAUCAUAACAUGCAACUGCUAAAAAGCUGUUUUGUAAAAAGUCUUUUUGACAUGAGAAUGUCUUUAAGUGAUUUAGAACAUUCACAGCUGUAUUUUUGAAAAGAAAAAGUAAAACAUUUCAACAAUCUGAACUGAAACUCUGAUCCUCUCAUCAGACUCCUUUACUUUCUCAGUUGAGUCUCUGGCUCAACUUACCCCAGAACUACUAUUAUGACUUUAUUAGUCCUCUGAGCUAAAAUGGUGGACUUUCAUGCUAGGUUUUUGACCUCAUGUUGUAGCUCACAUAUGCCACAGUUGACAUAUAAAACAAAUUUAAAAUGAUUUUUUUUUGGUCUGAACACAAUUCUAAUAAAACUUAUGACAGACUGAAUUCACUUUCAAGAGUGAAAAAUGUGAAAAACCGCUUCACCCAUGUGCUUCUAACCUUCACAGACUCCAUGAAUUGAUGCCCAUCUCCUAAAUAUUUGGUCACAUGAUCAAUUUCUUUCACCAUUUCCAAGCAACAGGGGGUGGCUCAACUUAACCCACUCUCCCCUAUAUGGGACCUCUUUUGUCAAUUUCUGAAAUCAAUUCGUGAAUAAUAUAUUGGUGUAUGUUUACUACUUCGAAUUGAAGUACUUUACGAUAAACUAAACGAAAGAAGAAGCCAUCUGUGGAGUUAUUUAGUCACUAAUUAGCUGUUGUUUCAUUGACAGCCACGCGAUGGUAGCAUUGGGGAGGACGUCAUGACGUCCCAUCAUUCUCUAUAAGCUUAACGCGUGUGCGUGCUCAUGCACUCGUGCCGUAGAUUGGAAAGUCAUGGUUAACAGUUGAUGGGUUCGUUGGAGUUUCAUAGAUGAGAAACGUCGACACAGAAAUGUGGCAGUGAAAACGCAUCCCACGGCUCCCACGAGAAAGUAGUUAGUUAGUUAGUUCAUGGGAAAAAGUUAGACAAUACUCCGCCCCCUUCUUAUUCUUUUUAGUUGAGUCAUUUUCAAAAGUAUCGCGUGGGUAGGGUACCGGUAAGUGAAGUCAGUUCAUUCAUGUGAGGUCCUUAAGUAGGAGGGUCCGUCCGUGUGUGUCUGUCAGCAUGCGAACACCACUCCAGGCUGUGGAGCUCUAACUGUGAGGAGGUCAUUAUCACAAGUGCGGGUUACCGGCUGCGCUCAGGUGGACCGGAUCGAUGAGAUGAUCCUAAAACACAACAGUAGUCCUCUCCUGCUCACCGUCACCUGCAUGUACUUCUCAGGAGGUUUGCUUUGGUCCUACCAAGAAGAGGAUGUCACUGACGGGUAAAGAGUUCAUGACAAGACACCAAAUGACAUGAAAGGAGAAAUGUGCUCGAAUUUCACUUCAAAAUAUUUCAUUUCACAGUGGAGAGUGCUCUGAGAAUAACAUUUCCACAACAAAGUACCCCUGCGUGAAGUCAACUGGAGAAGUUACAACGUGUUACAGGUACAGUGGAGUGACUGAUGUGGGUGGAUGAUGUUUGAACCUGAAUGAAAGGAGUAAUAAUAGUGUGAAAUUACUCAACUUCAGUCCUGCCUGUUUGUGUACAUAUCGGUUCUUUUGCCUGUGCAUGAUGUGAAAUCGAGGCUGUCAUGUUGUUUAAGUCAAACUUGACUGAAAGUUUGGUUAAAUUUCAAGACAUGAACUUUGAAUGACACUGAACAUAGAACCUUCCUUUGCUUCCUCAUGCUUUGAAUGUAAAUCGAAUCAGCUAUUUAGUAUCUACCUACAUUCAUUUUUAUUGUUCACAUGACUUUAUUGUUAAUUUCAAAGAAUCUUGUUUGACCAGAGGCGUGAAAUGUUCCUAGAAAGUUUCCUAGCCCAUUGCAAAACAUCCAGAAACCUUAAGCGUUAUUCAUUUAAGUCCACAGACAGUAGACAGAAGAGACUAUGACUGAAAUUAUCAGAAUACAACCCACUGAGCAUUUUUUGGUCUAAAAGAGGUCUAAUAGACGUCUAAAUGUAAUCUAGAAGACGGUCUAAAAUCAGGCUACCACAGGUGUAAAUAUGAAAGUUUUCAGACGUCUACAUUUAGACAGAGUUUAGACUAGCCAGCUAACAGAGGUCUACCAGUCUAUCAUAAUUACUUUGGUUUAGUACUUUGAGAUCAGUUAUGCAACUCACAGUUGGGUUUUGAAAUAAAUACUUAUUGAAUAAUCGGUUAAAGUGCAAUGUUUAAAUUCCGUCUACAGAUAUACAGAAUCUAGACGAUUUAAAUUAGGUCUAAAAAAUAACUAGACGUCUAAUAGCCGUCUAUUGCUCAGUGGGAAGCCUUCAAUGCAAGAGGCAAACCCAGCUGCAUAAUUGAAAAUGUGUUAUAAAUGACUCAAAAAAGAAGAAUGUACAGUCUAAUUUAUUACUAUUACUAUUUUACUAUAUUACUAUUACUUACUAUUAAGGAUUUUACCCCCUGAGCAAUAGACGGCUAUUAGACGUCCAGUUUUGGGUUUUUUUGGCCUAAUUUCAACCGUCUAGAUUCUGUAUAUUUUUAGACAGAAUUUAGAUGUUGCACUUUAACCCAUCAUUCAAUAACUAUUUCAAAAAGCAACUGUAAGUACUUAACCAAAAUAAUUAUGAUAGCCGUUGAGCAAUAUACAGUGUAGUAUAUAGCCCAGAUUUAGACUUGGUCUUGAUUUAGACAUCUAAAAAAACUGUCAUUUUUAGACCUGUGUUAGCCUGAUUUUAGACCAGUCGUCUAGGCUACAUUUAGACGUCUAUUAGACUUUUGUUAGACCCAAAAAAAUGCUCAGUUGGUAUCCACAGCUUUGUAGAGGUGCAGCACUCUUUUUUUGUUUGUCCCUUAGUGUGAUCAAGGCUGGUAACAUUUGUUCACUCUUGUUUUGGAAACAAAGUAAUUCAACUGAAGCAGAAAACUAAUUAACUAAACUAUGUAGCUGAUCACUUUAUCAGUUAUCUCGUUUCACCACAAGCCUAUUUCUGUCUGCUCUUUUGUGGGAAUGCAUAAUGAGAAGUAAAGAAAUGCCAGAUUUUGAAACAUGUCCUCUGAGAAGUCUCCCAAAAUGCAGACACUGAGAGGUUUCAUCUCUUCAUUACUUGACAAACUGCUGGCCGUAGUUCAAGCACACAGUGACAUCCUGUUUCAUCUUCCAAUCUCAAACACAUUCAGAGAAGAAUAAUGUUGGUUUAUAGUUAUUGGCUGCGGCCACGGUUGUUCCCCACAUUGUUUAUUUAAGGAAGAAAAACUGCUCCGGCUAAGAGCAGAGAUAAUGUUUCCUGGGCGCAUUUCAAUUCACCUGCAUGGUGAGAGCUGAUGAGAGCUGCCCAUCAGCUCUCUUGGUGCUCAACAGAGAAGUUUCAUGCUGUGCCAGAAACUCAGAUUAACGAUCUGAAUAUAAUAAUGUGACUGUGGAUUCUCAGGAAAAAGUUAGAAGUUUAGUCAUGCCAGUGUAAUGCACCUGGGCAUGAUGAAGAUACUGUGUACAGAGAAAUGCUUGUAAGUGUUAUUUGAAGAGGCAAGAUUCAGUUUCCAAAGGCAAGUGUAGGCUUAUGGCAUUCAUGCAGGUUGAACAUCUCUUUUCCAACGAAUGUUUUGCUACAUUACUUGAUCUGUUUGUUAAUGUAACAUAGUCAGACUUUUGUUAUGUAGUGGUUUUAUUUUUGGAUAACAUUUUGUAGUACUGAGGAUGUCAAGUGUGCAUAAGUUAGAUUACAUUUACAAGCACUUUGCCACCACUAAAGUUUACAUAGCACGUUGGAUAUUAAAGGUGGGGUGGGCAGGAAUCCGUUAAAGACACAUCUUUUUUUUUUGUGGUGUAUAUACAAAAAAGCUUUUAAUCACAGUCAAUAGCUAUUAGUUAUUGAUGACAUUUGGUAAUAAAAUGAUAUCGCUGUGUUUUGUUAUGUCUGUGUAGUGAAUAUUUUAAAUAUUUUGAGCGGCCCGCUCUUUCUGACUGUAAACAAAGCCAUUCUCUGCCUCCCCCAACCUGAUUGGUUGCGAGGCGGACGCUGCUCCCCCGAGUUGUUCACAAGCCCAAAUAAAGUUAGCGUGCUACAAUAUCGGACAGUAGAAACCAACUAGAAAGUACAAAAAAUUGUCUGAAUCCUCCUUUGGCCAUGACUGCCGACACAAGCAAGAAAACAAAUUCCAGAAUAUGGUGGAAUAACGGGCGGUUAAAAAGGAGGUAGAGCUAAAAAGCCGGUCAACAGUGAUGGGGGACACUUCGGGAUCUUACGGAUCCUGUAACCUUAACCUGCUGCGUGUUGUAGCGCCGCUAAACUGUUAACAUCGGGUUUCACUUUAUCCUAGUUGGUUGUGAGGCUGUUUGUAGAAGUCCUGCAAACAUUGUUUUUGCUGGUAGUCUGUUGGCAUCUACAGUAGCACCAAUGGUAUUUACUUUCACGUUGACUGGUCCCCAUUUGUAAUUAUCAGAAGUAUUUCUCUGCAUUAUAUCUGAAUUAAAUUGAAACGAUACAAGCGAGCAGGAGCGUCUGUUUGUGGGCGGAGCUUGCUGGAGCAGAGAGGGAGGGGAGAGGAGGAGCUGAGGGGAAAACUGGUUGGGAGGGGUAGAGUUUACAUUCAAGAUUUCUCCCAAAAACUGGCACUAACUCAGAUCCUGCCUACCCCACCUUUAAAUGUAAGGAUAUUUGUGUAACUCCUGCAUAAAUGCGUUGAUGUAAACAAAGGGCUUGUUUUGGGGGGAUUCCCAUUUGGAAACAUCUUCAGAGCUAAACAGAGGUCAGCCUAUCUUUGUCUGGUUUUCUACUUUUUCCCUGUUGCGGAAAAUACCGGUCACUCUUACAUCCUCUUCAUCGUCAUGGUGUAGUUCCUGCCAAGCCACAGUUUAAAGCUUUCAGCACUUAUUUCCAGAAAGAUUUCCCUCCGUGGUCACUGUCACAAAGCGGGAAUUAUCUGGACAGAGUCACUGAGCAUAACCCUUAAAAAUAGAUUUUUUAUGAGUCCAUGUAGCAGAUUUGAAGAGCUCCUCAGUUAUACCCAGCAGUUAUCAGCUAGCCUGAUAAUCAGCUUUGUGUAGACCCCCUGGAGGAAAUACAGCAGAAGGCAGCAGUUGGCAAACAGUGAAUCUUUGAGCUUUCAUGAACUGCUUUAGGCUGUUGGCAGUGGAGACUUACAUAAUCUAAAUUGAUUUUUAAUCUUCCAAAGAUUUGAUAAUUUAUUGCUGUUAUGUUGGCAAACCAACGCUUUACAUUUAGGCUUUUUACCUGCCGAUGGGAGCACGUCUCUAAAUAUCCCAGACAAGAGCCAGAACCAAUACGCUAACCACCACAGGAUAUAGACACAUUAAUAAUCUUUGUUUAUAACUUUUCUUCUGAGGAGAAGUACAUGAAGCAAGAAUACACACCGGCUUGAUUAACUGUGUAUUCGAUGUGAGCCAUGCCUUCUCUGUGAAGGAAAUGCUUCUGUGGAAAAGAAGCAGAACACACGCUGAGUGGGUCUACAGCUGCAACAGUUACACAUAAUUGAUGUGUGGCAUGUGUAAUUGUUGCGCUGUUAUUUUUCCAAAUAAUUCUAGUGCUACAAAGUGUUUUGUCGCUUUGUUCUGCCACUCCUUCUCCCCUGUAUUAGGAGGAAACUGAGGAAAGCAUUUCUUCACUCCCCGUGAGACGUGAUAGGCAUGAUACUUCUCAUGCACUUUGCUGAUCUAAGCAGCACUGUUUAUAUCAUGUGAGUGUUCCCACCAAUUCAUAUCUAUUGUUUUAUUUUGAUUUCCCUCAGCUUUUCUUCCUCUUCUUGAGCAAAGUUCAAGCGACUCACAGCGCCCUGAAAUUUGUCAAAAAGAAUUAGACAGAUUUUCCACUAACUGCAGAGCAAAUAAUUGAUUUAUAUUGUGAUUCCCAGAUUCAAACUCUGUGGGGGUACGUCUUACAUCCAGGGAAAUGAUCCUUUCAGUCUGAGUUUUUUCAACUUGGCUACAAGGUUUUAGGUCUCUCUGGUUUCCGUAGUUUUCAAAUCUGGUUUUCACAUCAAAAAUAACUGUAUUCAGCUCUUUGGAGUAAUCCUCUCAGCUGGACUUCUGUUCACUCUCCCAAUUCAAAUAUCUUUCAGCACCAGGAUUACACUCAGGAUUUCUCUGUUGCCUUAUUGUCAUCCCUCCAGUCAUUGUAGCUUUAUGAAGGCACAGCUUAAAGGUUCAGCAGGUCUCUAUUAGUUUAUUUUUUUGCCAUAUUGGGUUACCACAUCUCUGAUAUAAAUGUUCAGCAAUGAAUCGCAAGAGUUUGGAUUUAUGGACAGCUCAUGAGUAACAUCUUCCAGGAGAGUUUUUGAGUAGAAAAACAUGUUACUGCGGAGAGCACCAUGUUAUAAUGUUUCUAAAUAAAUGUCAACACACAGACGUAGAAAUACUCUUGCGAUUGUAAUGUGGUUAUUUGAUAAGUUGGAGUCUGUAAAUAGAUUAGAAUCAAAAAUCCAACCUUUUAUAAUGUCUGCUUUUCUAGUUUGAUUGACUCUUACAAAUCAGCAUUGGAGUUGAUUAUUGGAGAGCAUAUAAAACCUCUUUGCUGGAAAACCAAUGACUGUAUGAGGGGAAUGGAAAAAUAUUCAGCAAUUUGCAAUCAUGAGUCCUCAUUUAAGAUAUGUUUUUAAUUACUUACACACCAAUUGUUAUGCGCUUUGUGUUUGUUUCUGGCUAUGCAUCACAGAACAAGUUAAUAGACUUGAUGCGCAGUUUGAGUCGAGUCUGUCUGUACAGAAAUGAUCGACAGCAGCAAAGAAAAGAAAAGGUUGUUUGUAAAGCAGUCGCUCUAUUAUAAACAAUCUUCUACUGGUGCCUGAAACCAGAAUUUUCAUGCCAGAGUGGGCGUAGAUUUGAACCGAAUUGUUAAAACCACAGAAUGACAGCAAAAUAUCUGUGACUGUUUGGCAUUUGAAAAAACAAAAUCCAUCAUGAUAAAGGGAAUAAGUUGUCGGCAAAGAAGUGUGAGGGGAGUCCAAGCCGUUUCUCAACAGGCCAAAAAGUGAAACAGAGUUUACCGGAAUUAACCUCAGUAGAUGCAGAGUCAGAUAACACAGCCCAAGAUCAUGCCAAUCAAACAGGCCUGAAAUGAUUUACAUUACCUGGCGCUGUUCCUCGACAUCUUGAAUCAGUACACAGAGAAAAAGGAGGAAAAGUGAGAGUCAAAGUAGUCGUAGAUUCAUGUUCAGGAUUACAUUUCAAAAAGCAACGGAUUAAGGUAAAACUUGAAUUUACAAAUUGUCAGUACAUAUAAUAACUGAUACAAUCAUGAGACUGUGGCCUCAAAUGUCCCAUUAUUUAUCCCUUAAAUGACACAUAAUGACCUAUCGAAUAAAAGACAACAUCUGUUUUCUUUCAGUAUUCAAAGAGAGGAUGUGUAGCCUGUUGAGUGGAGUGGCCUGCCGUGUUUUAGAGAGGGAUCUGUGGAUGACAUGAACUCUUUAUUCUGCUACUAAAUAAAAGAUCACAUGGUAAAAAGGUUGUAAAGCAAAGAGGACGAGGUUAACAGCCAGAAUAAGUCACUUAAAAUACUCAGGGAUGACAGCUCUUGUUCACCUUUUUUUACCAGAAGAUACAAAGUGCUUCUGCUCUUCAUGUGAAGUGUUAUUAUGAUGUCCAAUGAUAGCAAUACAAACGGAACAGUCAGUCCAUACAGUCCAGUCAAACGAGAUAUCCCUUCUUAUUAAAAUAAUGUUACUUUACUUUGGUAGGUUGUUCAAAAACUUCCCCCUCAGGCUUUGAUUUGCCUUCAUAGCGUUUAUUUAAGAGUUGAUUUAAUUUGUUUAUUAACUUGUGCUAGUCACUGCCUGCAGGUGGAAAAGUAAUAAAUCAUUACUCAUUAAAGAAUUUUAGUCAUUUGAGUUUCACUUUUAGUUAGUCAGCUUACCAGACCGGUUUUCAUGUUUGCUGCUGAGCUUGUAUCAGAUUAGUUGUGCAGAAUUUAAAAAGAGAACUGUGUAAAGUGAUGGGCAGUGUACCUCUUAGUGUCACAGUCACAACAUGUAUAUAGCCACAGCUCCAGGUGAAAGAAGUAGUGUAAUUAAGUAAUUUGUGACCUACAACAACUAGACUGCAUCCUGGUCUGAGAGGAGUCACUGCUGGCACUGUCAUCCUGACUCCUCUUUGUGUUGGAUAGGAUGUCAGUUUUGCACAGCAAUGAGGUAAACUAGUGCUGUUUAUUUCCAAGUUUAAUGUUGGCAAGUAACAGCAAUGCAGGGAUUUGCAUCUCUGUUUAAACAGGUCUACCUGCUUCAGAGUGUAUCUUCCACCUGAUGACUCAGUUGUCUUCAGUCCAAAACGAUGAAUAGAAGCGGCCUGUGGCUGUUACUCAUAGUCAACGACUGUAGCUCCUGAUAAUUGCUGCAAAAUCAUAGCUUUGUUGAGGCGGAGACAGUUUAAAGAUCAACUCAUUUCAUUCAUGACAAACUCUUCACAAUAAAAGUCCUAAAUUGGUUUGAUGAAACUCAUCACAAAACAAACAGAGAAAUGAAAGUUUGGUAACACUUUAUUUGACGCCUAUCUCUAUAACACAUUAUAAGUAUAAUUAUAAUGUGUUAUAAUGACGUUAUAGCACUUUAUUACUAUAGUUAUAAACACUCAUAAAUGAUCAUAAUGCUUUACAUUAUAGAGCAUUUUAUCAUGACUUUCAAGGUCAAUGUAAUGUAAUGGUAAUGUGUUAUAACUGUUAACAACUCACUCACAAUGCCUACAUAUAUAAUGCAAUGCAACUGUUGUUUACAGUUAUAACACAUUAUAAUACCUGACCUUGUAAGUCACAAUAAAAUGCUUUAUAAUGUGUUGUGAUUGUUGCUAUAAAGCAUUAUGAUCAUUUAUGAGUGUUUAUAACCAUAGUAAUAAAGUGCUAUAACGUCAUUAUAACACAUUAUAAUUAUAUUUAUAACGCGUUACAGAGAUCGGCGUCUAAUGAAGUAUUACAGAAAGUUCAUAUUAGAGAGAUUCGGCGAGAAAUUACAAUGUACUGAGUUUAUAAAAUCUUCAAAAAGUACUUUGUAUUGCAAAAUAAAAACAAACAGGGCUUCAGAUCCUUAGUCUCUUAGAAUAUACUGAGAAAACAUUAACAUGUUCACUGGCAUGUAGAGAGGAGAGUUACUCAACAGAGAGGGAAGAAAACACUGUUUUUGUGCAUGGUGUUUCUCCUUCCUGCGCUCAAUCACAUCAAUCAUUGGUCAGUGAAGCUUGUUUUUGUCCCAUAGAAGUGUUUUUUUUUGUUGAUGUUGCAAUGCAAAGCAUAAACUUAUUAAAGCCUGCUGUUUGUUUGUCUCAUUUUAAUGCUGUCGCAUUUUGUAUCCUGUUUUCAAUAUGGGCCCAGCUGGCUGUGAGUGAUUUCUGAAGGUCCUAUUAUUAAUGUGCUGUUGGAUGAUCUCACAGUCACUGCUGAACUUAGCUGGGAGUGGGAGGAGUGAGGAGGUUUUUCAAGUCUUGAUUUAUUGUCAUUCAUUCCCCUCCAUAGGUGGUGAAAACACUUUAAUGGCUUUUUCCUUUUGAAUUUUGAUGAAGAUGUAAAAGCGCUUGUCAGUUAUUCAGCUGAAAUAAUGUACACGUUCCCUUUAGGUUAAGAAUAAAUCUUUAUCCUGUUUCUUAAAAGCACUGAGGAAACAGGAUGGAGUGUAAGUUAUCAUAGUGAGAACACGGGAGGACAUGUUGGUGUUAAGGAGCAUUCCUCAGUGACAGAUGUAAAGCAAAAAAAAAGCAGCAAAUAUCCUCCCUCUCCUCCCCUCUCUUUCUAUUCUGUUUAUUACAUCCCAUGAAGUGAAGGAGAUUACUAGAAACACUUAUACUGAAGGUUUUAUUAAUGCUUCCAUCCUUCAUUCGCUAAAAUUCUCAGUAAACUCUCCCACAUGUUGACAUUUUUCCAUCACACAUGUUUAUUCUUUCAUUUUGCCCUUCUUGAAUAAUUCAAAACAUUUUAUUUUUCUGAUCUUUAUCAAACUUCUUUAUAAAUAUCCAGAAUUACUGGACAGAAAGCAUUUGCAUCUGUUUCCAUUUAAAGUGUGCCGUAAUACAAAGCACGCCUUGCCUGGAAAUACUGUGACUUAAGCAGAUUUUGCUUCAUGUUUCCAAAAGCCUGGAGGUCUUUUACUGAAGGGUCAUAGUUUGACACUGCUGUUUUGAGGAUUUUUGGUAUAUUAUCCACUUUACAUAAAGAGGGAUUUUCCCUCCUGUAAAAGCCUCCAAACCCUAAAGGCAUGUACAGAGUGUGAGGGGAAUGUAAACCAACAAUUUAUAUUGCAAAUGAAAAAAAGGCACAAUCUGAAGAGAAAUCAAAAAUGUAAAUACAGGACAUCCAAUCAGAUCCUGUGUGGUCUGUUUCACAUCCCUCCUAACAUUUACAGAUCACUUGCUUUGUCCAUAGCUUAUCCAUAUAUCAUCAGUUCUUCUGAGAUGUUUUUGGUUUCUUAAAUCUCACUCAUGUUUCUCUUGGCUGAUGCUUCGUCAUCAUUUAUCUCCUGCCAUGGAGAGCUGUAGUGUGGUCACGCUUUGGUCACACUGUGGGUUUUUUUUUUCAGUGGUUAAGAGAUGUGGUGAUAUGUACACCACAGGCUGUGGUUUUUCUCUUCUUUAUGGCUGGACUCUUACUCUGCUGUAGUAAAAGAUCAUUUCUGCAUGUUCAGUCAGUCUGUAAGUUUUUUGAAAAGUUAAUCAGGUUAUAAAAGAAUUGUUCAAGUAAGUUAGCACUGUGUGAAUUCUUCACAGCUAAUUGUUAUUCAUCAUUUGGACACUUGAAGCCUUUAUUUAUUCUCCCAUCAGCACAGAGAACAGACUGCUAAUUUAUCAGUCCAGGAGGACGGCAGCUGGCCAAAGGAAACGUUUGCCUGCACCGGUGAAUAAAACCAUAUACCAGUCAUGUUUAAUUGUAAACAGAUGCAGCUUUUAACGUUCAUAACAUGCUUUAGGAGAGGAGGGUUUCAUGUUUGGUGGUUUCUUGAAGUCAGGCAGAUUCUGCUCUUGUCCGCAGAGUAAUGAGGUCGCAUGGUGCUGAGUUUUAAUAUUUGUAAAUAGGGGUGUCCCAAUACAGUAUUGAUAUCGAAUAUUGGUCCAAUAUCAGCAAAAAAUUGAAUUUUGGAUUAUAUCGGCCUGCAUCUAAAAUCUCCAGUAUCAGCACUCCAAUACAAGCAGUCCAUUCCAGACAAGUUAUACCAACUGUAGCAACGACCGCAGGAUAGCAAUACACAAUGGGGUGAUGCAGUCCAAGGAAGAACAUUGAUGAUCAUUUCUUUAUUGUUUCCUUAAAGUAAUAAUAACCAUAUUAAUAAUUUUGCACUGCAGACGUGGUAGUUCUUCUGCCUUAGCAUCUCGGUCUGAUUGUAUUUCCAUGAAGAAAUGAUCAUAAAUGUUCUUCCUUGAGCUGCGUCACCCCACAGCAGUCCGUAAUGGACUGGCCCGAGGUCUCGCUACAAACAAGCGGCUGCUGGAAGAGAGUGGGUGAGUUGUGUUUAGUCUCUUUGCUAAAGAAAUUAGGCAAAGUUUAAAAGAUGUUUGGUGGCCAGUGCUAUGGCUAGGACCCUAUAUGUACUGUUGAUGAAGUUAGGUGCUGUUCUGAGCAUUAUUUGUGGCUAUAGAGUGGUGUUUUGGUUGAGGUUUGUUUGUGGCUCCUCAGACUGCUGUGUAUUGCUAUCCUGCUAUGCAGAAGAAAUAAGGCCUCUGCAGUGCAAAACAAUUAAUAUGGUGAUUAUCACUUCAAGGAAAUACUAAAGUAAUGAUCAUAAAUGUUCUUCCCUGAGCUGUGUCACCCCUCUGUGUAUUGCUAUCGUGCGGUCUUUACUAAAGUUGGUAUAACUAGAGAAACAAGCGGUUGGCAACAUUCAUCUCUCGAGGGGGUGUCUAACUCGGUGUUACGGUGUGUUUGACCCUAAAUUAAUUCUACACCGGAAUAUCCCUUUAAGGCUACAAUAUCGGUAUUGUAUCGGAAGUAAAAAGGUGUAUCGGGACACCCCUAAUUGUAGUUCAUCAGAACAAUAUUCACCCCCUCUAUUACAGUCAGCGUAUUUUCCACCUGUUAAGAUUGUGUUUUAUUGCAGUUGUGGAGUUAUAUCAUGCUAAUCUGCUUAAACCACUUCAAGAUUUAUCUUUCCUUUUACCCCAGCUUCUUCUCCACUCGGUAAAGCUGGAUAUAUUUUAUUUGUUUGGAAACAGGCAAACGAAAAAGCAUUACUUUAAAGGAGUUAUUGCUGCUUCAUUUUUAUGUGCAGUCCCAGAACAGAAUAUUAGAUUUCAUGACAUGCAAGUAUUAAAGUAACAUAAAAACCACAAAACCUCAAGUGGGCAAACAUAUGUCACAUACCAGAGAUCCAGCUGGGUUAUUCACUGUAUAUCAUGAGGCCUUGUGAAACUAAUAUAAGAAGAAACUCAACGCGGUAAUUUCCUCGUGUAAUAGUUUGCAGCCACCACAAAUCUACGGGAUGAGACUUCAUAAGAUAAACUAUACUUUCUGUGUAUCUGUUUAUCCUUAUUUCACACUAACAGUAUGAUAAUUUUAAAAAGUAUCUGACUCAUUCAGAUUUGUGGUUUGGCAGUCACCAAAGUUUUUAAAAUAUAUAUUUUUUUGGGAUUGAAAUGAUUUUCUGUUACAAAAUUUCACGUUGAUCAUUUACGUAAAUACAUGUGAAAAUUAUUCUUAUAGUGUAAGUAAAACAACUGAUUUGUCAGUGUCUUCCAGAAUUGUCUGUACAAAACUGUGUGUGUUGGGACUGUGUCGACUGACCACCACAAAGCCCUGCUGCAUCCUAAAAGACAAUUACCACAUCAUGCCAUCCCUGAUUGCUGUAAUUCUCUGCACAGUCUCGAACCAUCAGCCAUGUCCAGUAGCUCUAUAACGCUUCGUUUAAUGCUUCCAAGUGUGUUUGCCGACAAGUCUUCUCUAUUCCCUCAGCAAAUUAACCAUAUUGAUUUCUAACUCGUGUAUCUGCCUCAGGCCCUAUUGUCAUGAGGCUUGAAUAGAUUGUAGAUUGAUUGAUUGAUUGAGAGCUUGUUGUUUAGUUUAUUUUGUUGUGGUUUUUUCUCUUUUUUUUAAGUCAUCAGGAGACAGACAGGGACACAGGAGACUAACUCUUAAUACUGACAGGUCUCGGCUGAGGAAAAAAAUCGGUGUGAAUUUUGUUGGAGUUAACAAAACAUUUCUGGAUUAUGAUAAAAGUAUGUUUCCAUUUUAAGGCAAAUCAUCAAUUAGAAUCCACUUAUUAUUUGAGUCGACCUCUAAGACGACUGCUUCUUCCAGUUCUCUUAAAAUUUAGUAGUUUUUUUUGCAUCAUUUUCAUGCUGUGACUAUUUUUCCACACUGGUGGUGUAAUGAGCUGUUAAAUCUGCGAAUAAUAACAAAGGAGUCACAUUACGUCUAAUCCCUUCAACAUUUCCCUGAGGUGAAGGUUACACGCUCUCACAGUAACCCCAGUGUUUGAGACGGACUGGUGAUGUCUGGCUUGUGUCCAGUUGAAUGGUUUGAGUUAGACACAUGUGUCAGGCCUGAUGCCGUUUACUGUAACAGGCCACAGACAGCAGCGCUCUGUAUGAUUUCCUGAAGUGUCAGAAUGAGAAACAUCACAAACCUCUGCACUUGUGCCGGGUGAAAGUUUAGAUUAAUGAAACUUUGAGUAUCUCAAGUCAAGAGUGACACGAGAGCAGAUAGAUUUCAUUGAGGGUUACUGAGCACUUUAUAUCAUGUGGAUAGGAGUCAAAUCUGAUUUGCUUGAACCUACGGCAUCACUGAGGAAACAUGCUAAAGACAUGCAGAAGCCAAGGCUGCUACUGUGACAGCAGACUGGUAAAAGUUUGGCUCCAGCUGUCUGCUAAAGCUUAGCAGAGCUGAAAUGCUUCACUGCAGCGAGUCUCAUUAAUAAACUGACAGUUUGGUUGGAUUAUGUUGCAGCAGAAGUGCUGUACAUGACAAAUGCAGCUUGUAACAGCAGAAAGAUUGCAGGAGUGAACAGUAGAGAGUUUGUUUUUUUAAUGUUAUCCUAUUUCAGCUCACAGAAAGAAGUUACAUUUGUCAUUGGAGCCAUUUGCGUCAUUGCUUCACUGAACUGAGCUGCUUCCCCCAAGAAAGGGAGUGAAAUUUAUUCCUCUAAAUAUUGAAUAAUUUAAUUAAAAGUAAAACAGCAAUCUUGAAAUUUCAUUCAAUCGAAGCAACAGUUCUCUCUUUCUUCACAAUAUCAUUUAGCUGUGUGCUCCGCAGGCAUAUUUUCCUACAACGUUUUACAUUCACCAGGCCUGUUAACUUUGUGUCACAUGAGAGAAAAUGAAAACAAGAAAGGUCAGAAUUAAAAGCAGGGUUUGAAUUAGCGAUAUUAAAUUGAGCAAUGCAUUUGCACACAAACCAGACUGCUUUUUAUGGCCUUUACCAAAGGGUAUCGUACCAAAGCUGUGUGACUGUCACGGACGGUGAGCACUGAGUUCAAACAGUCAUUAACCAAUAGGUUAUGCUAAUGGACCAUGUCAGUGAUCAAAUGGGGCGCCGAUAUUUCUCUGGGCAGACAUAUCUGUGUACUCACCCUGGAUACAUUGCAUAGAGCAAUUUAUUUAAGAUUAAUGGGAAGGGGUUUUGUAUAAAAGAGGCCAGCUGUAAUGGUUUUAUUUUGCAGAAGAAGUGAUGUCUUAUUUGGCUAGAAUUUGGCAAGACUGCAUAAGCAGACUGUUAUGUAUUGACCCAUUAUUGGACAAGAGAGAGGAGGAGAGGAGAGAGUUCCAUUAUUUGUGAGACUGAAAGUCUUGAGUGGAGAAAGAGCUUAAAAAAGAAGUUCACUGGAUGUGCGCCAAGUAUCCCAUUAUCUGUAUUUUUAAUCUAUGAUAAUUCUUCAGAUUAAAUAAAUAUAUCGUCUUGUGCAUGUGAUUUGUGUGUGUACACUGCAGCUUUAGAGGCUCAAAGUAAACACUCUGUGAUACUGUGAGUUUAGUGGUCUGUAUUGGUGUGCCCCCAAUGUAAACAAGUGCCUAGAUGAGAAGGACAACUUUGUCUUAAAGGGAUAUUCCGGCGUGAUAUUAAUUUAGAGUCAAACACACUGUAACACUGAGUUAGACACCCCCUUGAGAGAUGUAUUUUGCCGACCACUUGCUUCUCUAGUUUUACCAACUUUAGAAUCGUCCACACGAUAACAAUUCACAGCGGCCUGAGGAGCCAUGUGCUCAACCAAAGCCACUCUAUAGCCACAAGUAAUGUUCAGAACAGCACCUAACUUUAUCAACAGUACAUAUAGGGUCCCAGACAUAGUACUAGUCACCAAACAUCUUUUUAGCUUUGCCUUAUUUCUAUAGCAAAGAGACUAAAGAACACAAUUUACCCACUCUCUUCCAGCAGCCACUUGUUUGUACAGAGACAUCGAACGAGUCCAUUACAGACUACAGCGGGGUGGCGCAGCUCAAGGAAGAACAUUUAUGAUCAUUUCUUUAUCAUUUCCUUAAAGUAAUAAUAACCAUAUUAAUAAUUUUGCACUGCAGACGCAGUAGUUCUUCUACCUUAGCAUCUCGGUCUGAUUGUACAUUCAUAAAGAAAUCAUAAAUGUUCUUCCUUGAGCUGCGUCACCCCGCUGUAGUCCGUAAUGGACUCGCCUGAGAGACAAGCGACUCCUGGAAGAGAGUGGGUGAGUUGUGUUUAGUCUCUUUGCUAAAGAAAUCAGGCAAAGCUAAAAAGAUGUUUGGUGGCUAGUACUAUGGCUGGGACCCUAUAUGUACUGUUGAUGAAGUUAGGUGCUGUUCUGAGCAUUAUUUGUGGCUAUAGAGUGGGGUUUUGCUUGAGGUUUGUUUAUGGCUCCUCAGACAGCUGUGUAUUGCUAUCGUGCGGUCGUUACUAAAGUUGGUUUAACUAGAGAAGCAAGUUGGCAACAUUCCUCUCUCAAGGGGGUGUCUAACUCAGUGUUUUGGUGUGUUUGACCCUAAUUGAAUUUUAUGCCUGAACAUCCCUUUAAAGUCUGUCUUGCUUAAUCAAGCAGCAUCUCAGUUUAUGUCCAUGUUUACACUCAGGUUCAGACAUAGCAGUCAUUUUUCUGUGUGUUUAGAUCAGUGGCGUUAGAUCGAUGUUUUAUUGUCGAUAAAUUUUGCACAAUGAGGUAGUGGUUACAUCAUCAUAUGAGUGUUAUUCCUGCAGAGUGACUAUUAUUCAUGUGCACAUCACAGUUGCAGUGUCCAAAUGAUACAUAAUUCAGCUCUACUCUGCAGUGGCAUUGUGUAAAUACUGGCUUGAGCUCAGGGCUCAAGCAGAGUUUGGCCGUCAAGUAAGAGCAGAAUAUAUAACAGCAUCAUGGUGUUCAACUCUCUGUUAAUGUUUUAUCCAAUAGAUUUACUACAUGUAGUGCAGGACGGCCGCUCUGGAUGAAUAAUUCACAGGGAAUUGUUGUUUGACUAUCUGUUUGGAGCCCCUGAGCCUCAUAAAACCUACAGUUUCUGCUUCACAGAUUCCGGUAGAUUGAUGUCGCUGUACUCUUUCUGGAUGCGGACGAUUUUUGGAUUUUGUUUUGUAACAUUUUAGCCAGAAGAGUUUUGUAAUGCAGUGUCAACAUUGUGCAUUGGCAGCUUGUGUUGAAGUCUUUCAACUCCUCUCUGACCAGAAAUCUAGGUAGCUUUAAAGGCUCAAGUAUUCUCUUUUUCCAGUGAAUCCUCAAAUAUGAACUUUGGAAAAACUCUAAGGUGAUGGUGAUUGGUGAAGGUAAUUUUCAGUUCUCUACCAUCAUCAAGUCCAAUUAAAAUACUCAAUCUUGUAUUGACCCCUUUCCAGAGAAGGAUAAACAUUACACACAUCAUUUUCAGUUGAAGACAUAUUGUACCGUCUACAGCAAGGCCAUUACAUCCCUCUCUUAUAAAUUUCAGUCCUUGCAUUGAGCUCUGGGGCAGCUGAGUUUUUUUUGGACCCUUUAUGAAAUAUCCCUUUAGCCUUCAUGCUGAGUUAUACUGCUAAGUGCCUUGGGGUUACAAUGCUACAACUGUUGUCUGUAAUGGCCGUCCUCCAACAGGGAGACAGCAACUUGUGGAAACGCAUAUUUCUCCAACAUCCUUUACCUUGUAUGGGAUAUCCAAACGAUCAUCUAAUUGCAUUAAAAUUACUGACACUAAUGGGACCUAUCUGAAUUAAAGGUAACACAUUUGUAGGAGGAAUGUUAGUGCAUCAUGCAAUCACAACGCAAAGCCUGCCAAUACAGAGAAAAUUAUGGUCUGCAACAAUCCCUGAUGCCUGACUCUUUCCUUUUGCAGUGUAGUAUUUUUAGCGGAAUAAAUGACCUUUCCAAGAGUUGUUUUUUUUCAGUCUGGAGGAUUGGAAAACACAAAGGCAUCCAGGCACUCAGAGGACGUACUCUCUGUACUUUGUUUUUAAUGUGUUUCUAUAAACCAGCUCUCCUUGGGGCCUGUUAUUCAGGAUACAGCACUGACAGAAGUAAGUGUCCCUCUUAAUUUACUGUAGUUUUGUCUAGUUCUGGAUCGGCUAAUAGUGUUGCUUAACUUUAUCUCCUGUUUGUCAUGGCAACAGCUGCGUGCUUACAGAUAAAAGACACGCUUUGACAUUGUGCAGUUUUUAUUUCUAAAUGACAUAAUGUGAAUCAGGAGAAAGGUUAAAACCUGGAGGCCAAACUGAAGAGCAAACUGUUGAUUCUUGGUCUACUGAGGAGUCUGACGGUUUUAUCUAUGCGCCAUGUGUCUGCAUGUUGUUUGGUUGUACUCUGAGGGUUCAUCCAAAGGUGAAAAGCCAUUAUUGACUCUGCCUAUCAAUCCAUGUUUAUAGAUUUCCUGAUCAAUGCCAGUAGGUUGGCUUUGUAAGAGACAAGUGAGCUGAAACUUCCUUUUGUUUUGAUUUGUUAGAUCUAUUUUUUCUUCUCCCAACAUCUUGUUGAGUUUAUUUUGAUCAGGCAGAGGAGCAGACUUUGAUUAGAGCCACUUGUACGACUCUAUUCUGAGUAAUUUCACGACAUAUUUGUUUGGCCUACAAGCUGAAAUCAAAGAUGAGUAAAACAGUGAAAAAUAUCGAUCACAGUUCCUCAGAACUCUCAGUACCAUCUUCAAACAUCUGUUUUUGUUUAGUCCAAGAGUGUAUUUUCAAACAAUGAAUUCGUACCGGGGAAAUAAUCCCAUUUGGAAACUCUACAUUUAUACAUGUACAUGACAAUAAUGACAGACAGUUGCUGUGUAUCUUGAGAUCGUGCCCUUGUGUGAAGUGUGUUAAGUGUGAAGGCCAAACAGUAGACCACAGUAGGCAGUUUUCAGUCCAUGUAAGAUUGAAGAUUUGGGCUCCCUCUUUCAGCCUCCGAACAUCCAGAACUAACUUUUACAGAUAGUUUGACCGACGAUAGGUUUUUCUGUGCCACUUCUACUCUUGAUUUACAAAACUAAAGCUUUAUUCUGAACAGUUGUCGAACACCAAAACUCAUGCGUAUGGUUAUGUCUUUCAUGCUAACCAUUUGAAUUCCCAGAACCUGUGACUAUCCUCUUAGUCACUGUCUCUCGUGACCUGUGAGAGAAAGCAGUCCCUCUCGCAGGUCUGGUUUUCUUCAAGAUAAGCGAGAACAUCAAUUAAAUGUCUGUGCGACACACUGAACUCGCCCCGUAUUACUCAGUCAUCAUCCCAACUUUGAUUUUGUGAAACCCUCUUUUCAGUGAUGCUUCAGAAGUAUUCAGUACAUGUGAGAUGAUGCCAGAAAAUGGACUACAGUCUACAAAGAGGAUAAAAAGACCUGGGAGUGAGCGUUGCCUUGACCCUGCUGCUAGUAUCUGCAAAACAUUCAGAAGUGCUCAGUUGUGUUGUGGUGUUGAUAACUGUUUCAGCAGUAGAGCGAGUGCCAGGGUUUGGGGGUUAAAAUUAGCAUCUAAAUGGGGUAGGACAACUCAGUGAGGAGAAAACAUCUGGAUGUUGACAUUUGAAGGAACUGGAGGCUGUAGGGAUCAGUUACAGUCCAGAAGAGACGCUCUGAAGAUUAAAAAGAAUGGGAAUAGUCAUUGUUGAUGAGGCAAUGUCUGACGAACACAUGGUUGUGUGCAAACAUGCCGAAUGUCUUUGCCUUUUUUUUUUUGCAGAUUUUCCAUGAGAGUUAGUUGACCCAGCCAAGUCUUGGCAGUGUAAAUAGAAGCCUUGGUCUUUCAUCCUGCUUGUGGUACAAGAGGCUGAUUUUCCAAGAGUAAGAAGCUCCUUCGAUCUGAAACUGUGAGGCUUGUAGAUAUGAAAUACUGUCAUGAAUCAGAGAGGGUAAUGAGGACUGUCCUGAGGAUGGAGCAAGCAAAUCUCGGCAGUGAGUUAGAGGCCAAUAAAAGUUAAAUAGAUGAAUCCACUGUGUUUGUUUUAUCCCCAAACUAGGACUAAAAUUUACCGAUACUGAAAUUUACGACAAUAACUGACCUCAUUUUGGCCAUAUCGGUAUAUUCAGUGUCAAAAAGGUACAUAAAUAUAAGUUGGUUUUGGAUGUGUGUAGGUAGGCUAUGGUCUCAUGUCCCUUUAAGACUGUCCUAAGUCAGAGACGUGACUCCACCCCAUCCAGUCUGUAACAAAAAGGGAGAGACAGGUGAGGAGAUGGAGGACAGUUCAAAAGUUGUAGCGGCUGAAGUAGAUGAAGUUAAUGUGGGAGGGGGUGAGCAGCUUGUGGAGUAGUUAUCGUCCAUUUAUUGUUAUCAGGGUGAACUGCUCAAUAUAUCAUGAUAUUGAUUUGAGGCCAUAUCGCCCAGCCCUACCCCAAACACCAAUAUUCAACUUAUUUACCUAAACUUUACUUCUCUGUUAUAAGGUCAAAGGACUUUUUCUCUCACUUUGUAACAAAUUCAUAAACUGAGAUACUCUGUGUAAAUGGCAGCAAAAAUACUCAUGGGUGCAGUAAAAAAAGCUGAAGAUAGAGCCUGAUCAACUCAUUUGCGUUUCCUGUUCUCUAUUCAGCAUGAGCAGGCCGAUCACAGAGAGUGUAGACGUUGUGUCCUCUCCACUUCGACAAACAUCCUCUCCUCAGUGGAAUGCAGAUAUGUUAUUUUAUAUCACUGGCAGCAUUGCUACACAAAUAAGCCUCCAACAAGCAGCCUGCAUGUGUCAAGAGCCUGUGUGUGUUUUUUCAAUUGUUAUGUCUGUUCGAGAGAGAAGAGCAUGCUGUAGGGUUGUGAUGAUAUCCCCACACGUGCGUGUUCAUCUAUGGGAAUUUCUCAAUGUUGUCACAUUCACUCCGCCUUGUUUGUUGGUUUGAAUUAGUGCGGGUCCUUGCAAGACAAAGCUGGCGAGGCUGGUUCACCAUGUUGGUUCAGGGGAGGUCCUGUGUUUAUGAGGUAAUUAGAGCGCUUAUGGCUCACCCAGGCCAACUGAGGUCAGACUAAUCUAUGUCUAGUUUUCAGGGGGGGGCGUGUAAAUUGAUACGGAUCACUGGCAAAAUGAAAUAACCUUGAGGUGAAAAGGCACAGGUGACAAAACAAUCAGCUCGUCUGUGAUGUCCUGCUCAUUUCGGACAAGUGUUGUCAUGUGAAGGUUUGUGACUGCGGUCUCUACUUGUUUGUAUUGUUGUUAAAAGUGUCAUGAAUGCAUUUGGGAUCUCUUCCUUACUUGUUCUGCGGCUCAUGAAUAUGAAUGAAACCCACAUGUGUUUUGAGUCUCUUUGCUGAUUUGCAUGUAGAACACAAACAGCUAACAAGCGUACACAGAAUUGUGUCCUCAGCUUCGGUAAGAGAAGGUAGUGAGGGCCGUGUGCGUCACCGCCCAGCAUGUUUGUUUUUUGUUCACUGAUUCAUUACAUAGAGAGCUCUAUCUCUAAUUACUCAGUCUUAAUCAGUGAGAUUAAAAUCCCUCAGUAAAAAGUCACAUCAACACUUAAACAUUCAUGUUUUGCACCUUCACACUCCCAGAGGAUGAUUUUGCACGAGGCUAUCUCUAGUGCUUAAACUGUGAGACGAAUUGAGCUGGACUUUAAGAUUUAGAUUUUAGGGGAAUGGAGUCCAGAUAUUGACCCAGAUGGUUUAAAUAUGCAAUCAGGUGUUUGCAGAGAGUUUAUUUUUACAUUAAACAAAGGCAUGACUUCAGAUACUCAUCUCCAGACUGAAUUUUUAAAAGCAAAGGUUAUAUCCUACAGAGUUAUUCGGCCUUCAGCAUCAGAAGAAAUGACAGUUUUAUACUUACAUUUGAGAUUAGUACAGAGCCAACAAAUCACAUGUUGAAACUGUAAACUGUAUUUUUUAAGAGAAUACUUAACCAUUGGGCUGUAUGACUGUUGUUGAACUGAACUCUGUAAACAUUUGAGAACCAAGAAAAGCAGUUUCUGGAGUUUUGAAAGGCAAAUUUCGUCCCAUUCUUCCCUGAUAAAGGGUAUCAGCUCUGUAAAAGCUCAAGGUCUCCUUUGUUGUGUUUUACUUUUCAUGAUGCACCAAAUGUUUUCAAUGGGUGAUAAGCCAGGACUUGUAAGGCCAAUUUGCAAUCUGACUCCUCUGCGGUGGAGAUGUACUGUUGGGAUUUGUGCAGAAUGUGAUUUGGUAUUGUCUUGCUGGAAUAUGCAAGGUCCUUGAAAAAGGUAUUGACAGUGAGACAGUGUCUGUUGUUGCAAAAUCUGCAUUAUUCAGCAAUAACAGUGUCAUCCAAGAUGAGUGAGCUAGUCAUGCCAUGGACACUUUUGAAUCCCCAUUGUCUUUUUAACUGUGUGCUGUGCAAGUAGUUUUUUUCUUCACAGCUGAUUUUGUGGCAUGCAAAAUGUAAAAUGUAAAAUUAAUUUAGGGUCAUACAUACCCCCUUGAGAGAUGAAUGUUGCCGACCGCUUGCUUCUCUAGUUAUACCAACUUUAGUAACGACCGCAGGAUAGCAAUACACAGCGGUUUGAGGAGCCAUCAUGUUUUUAAUAAUGAUCAUAUUAAUCAUUUUGCACUGCAGACACCUUAGUUCUUCUGCCUUAGCAUCUCGGUCUGUUUGCAUUUCCAUGAAGAAAUGAUCAUAAAUUUUCUUGGCUGAUGGAAGAGAGUAGGUGAGUUGUGUUUAGUCUCUUUGCUAAAGAAAUUAGGCAAAGUAAAAAAGGUGUUUGGUAGGUAGUACUAUGGCUGGGACCUUAUAUGAACUGUUGAUGAAGUUAGGUGCUGUUCUGAGCAUUAUUUGUGGCUAUAGAGUGGCGUUUUGGUUGAGGUUUGUUUAUGGCUCCUCAGACCGCUGUGUAUUGAUAUUGUGCGGUCGUUACUAAAGUUGGUAUAACUAGAGAAAAAAGCAGUCUGCAACAUUCAUCUCUCAAGGGGUUGUCUAACUCUGUGUUACGGUGUGUUUGACACUAAACUAAUUUUACACUCUUUAAGGGCAAUUUCCCACUGCACCUCAGUCCACUUUAAACAGGCAUUUCAGAGUCACAUUUAUAUAUAGUUUCCCCUUUGCAUGGUGCAUUUUAACCUUAAGUUGUGGAUGCAUUCAUGAACUGUGAUUUUGAGCUCAUGCAGGGACUUCCACUACUGAGUCAUAUCUGUUUUUACUGCAAACAUGAUAUAUAUUUUUUAUGAAUCAUUGCAAAUUUUUGGUUUUAACAUUUGACACAUUUUCUCUCUACUACUUUUACUAAAUAUAGCAUUUCAUUGUUUGCAAAUGGUCAAAAUCUGCUUUUAUUUACAUUUCGCUCAGCAUCUGAACUUUUGGUUGUUGAAGAACUGACUGACAAGAGUGAAUUAGUCCAAAUAUUGUUCUUUUGUGUCAUUAACAUUAAGAAUGAAGAUUAAAUGUUGGCACAAAACACAACCAUGAGUGUCCGACUAGAACAUGCAGCUUUGUCUGCGGUAUGUGAUGAGAAUGCUAUUUUCAUUCAACAACAGUUUACCUCCUGAGACCCUCUAUAUCAAAAGACCUGACAGAUUUUCACCCCCACGCUAUAAAUCAUUAAGUUGGUCUGAGGUUAUUUUAUUGCUUUAGUGCGCUGACCUUCAGCUUAGUAUCCAUCACCCAGAGUCAUUACUGGGCAUGUUAAUUUAACUUGCAGACAGGUCAUAUCAUUACCAUCUCAGUUCUGGGUGUCUACCUCUCCUGGUCUGCCUGUUUUCAUGUCCUCAUGUCAAAAUAUAAAAGGUUAUCAAAGGGGCAACGUAAGAAGUCAACAGCUUUAAAUUGAAUUAAUUUGUUUGAAUGAAAAAUGCCAGAUAAUACUCCAGUUGUGUUUUUAAAGUGUUUCGAUCUGCAAAGUAACUAAAUAUCACUUAGAAUUUCGACUUGUUUAUUUUGUGAUAUAAUAGAAAUUAGAAACUACAAUAAGGUAGAAUAUGAAAAGGCUAAUAUGCAUUUUCCUGAGUGAUAACUUAAUAAAGAUAGUUUGAUAAAGAUGAACUCCGACGUAGACACAGAUCCAGUUUCCAUGGGAUGUUGACGCCUCUUUCAUGAUCUUCUGGAAACGGACAUAGAUGUUUGUUUUCUCAUGAUUGUUCGGCUAACCCUGAUUAUUUUGCCAAGCUGGCUAUUUGCUAUAAGUGCCUUCUGUCCUUACGGGGAUGUUAUUGUGACAUGACAUACUGGGUCACACAGGAAACCAUCCUCAGAUCAACUCUCUGCGGGUGUCCAAGUCGGAGCCUACCUCAACAACACACAACUCAGUAUAAGAUAUCACUUACUCACUUGAAUUCAGAUACAAACUUUAUAAACUUUUAGUUUGACAGACAUUGGUACACUUUUUUUGUAAUUCUUGUCCAAAUAAGAAGCUGCACUCUCACCCUUCUUAGAUAUCCUUCAUGUAAUAACAUACUAACACGAUUAGUCAUAGCUGUGCCUGAUGCCAACAUAUGCAUUCACACAUGCUUGCAUUUAUGUUCAGAACAUAUUGAUUUUUAAGGUGUUUUUUAAGGCAUUAGCUACUUUGUUCAUUGUGUUAACAGGUUAAUAUUUCUUAAGUAGCACUUCACAUGAAAAAAACAGCUGACACAUUAUGUAACUAUAGACUCUGUGAUGGACCAUGAGCUAAACUCAAACUAUAGCAAAGAUGCACUCCAUGAAACAUGCUAACUCUUCAGCAUCGAGUUAUACAAACAAACUAUGAAUUUACACAUCAGUCUUUUCCUGCUCUCAAGCUAUUAACAGCCUCCUGAGUGAUCCUCGUUUCCCCCUACGUCCUUUGAACAUGAGCAGUGCGGCGGUUGGUGCAGGUUAGUAUAUUUCAGAAGGAGCCUCGAGAGCAGUGAGGAGGGCUCUUAUGGCCCCUCUUUAGGCUGUAAAUAUUCUGUUUUAUGAGUGUGUAAGGACUUGGCUGUUCUGUAUAUCCUGUACUUAUGAAUAUGAUUGUAAAAGCAGUCAACUGAAGAAAGCAGAACCACUGAUUUACAGUAAGGCAAAGAAAGGGAAGUUUAUUUAUACUGCAGAUUUUGGCAACAAGGUGAUUCAAAGUGCUUAACAUUAGGAGAAUAAUUACAUAGGUAGAAAAACAUUUAGAAAUCAUAGAAAGUGACAUUUAAAAUCAAGCCAUUAAAAACCAAAGCAAAAAAAACACUUAGAAUAUGACUGAAGCAUAAAAGGUGUCCUGCAUCCACUUACACAAAUGCUCUCAAUCUGAAAUCUGUUAGUUAAUCAGCGUUUUUAUUACAUAUUCUGUCAUUACUCGUCCCUCAGAUUAUUUCCUCAUGCUUUUUAUUCAUUUUUUUAUUUCUCCUCACUGUUUGGAAGUUUUAAGCCAGACUGGCAGCAGGGCUUCAGGGGCUUCAUUGCCAAUCUCCUCUGUAUGUCCAUCAAACCAAAGUUUAUCAGUAGCUCAGGGAUUGCUUUGGUGUUUUGAGACAGAUUCGUGGUCCCCUGAGGGUGAAUACAGACUGAGUUUACCUCUUGACUUGCCUCUGCCUCUACUGUGAAAUUUACAUUUGUAGAUUCUUGGGAAGUUUGAUGACACAGUGGGUGGAUCGGUACAUGAUGCAUCUAUAUUCACUUCAGGAUGACUCAGUACGUUUGGUCAUCAUAGCAACCAAAAUUCAACACUGAAGGUUUAUCAUCCCAAAAACAAAUUUGAUUGACACACGAUGGGUUGGGAGUAAUUGAUAGUAAUGUUGGUAUAAACUAUAAAUAUGCUGUGUUGUAUCAGAUAGAGUUUCACCGAUCCAUUUAUUCCCCGUUCAAUCCAAUACCGAUACCUGGGUGGAGCGUAUCAGCCGAUGUCCAAUACCGAUCCAAUGUCGAAUGAAUGAACUGUAUUCAUUGCCCUGUGAGUGAAGGCAUCAGGCUUGACUUAACCUUGUUAAAAAAAGGUAACAAAUCAAGACAAAUAUAAUUUUACUUAAUAUAAUUUAUUAACAAAUAACAAAUUGCACAUUAGCACACAGCGAAAAGAUGUAAGACUUAUAGACAGACAGACAUAAAAUAUAGAGCGAACAGAAUUGCUGUGUUGCUGUGCAUGAUAUUAAUUAACCUCCUAAGACCUGGCGUCCACAUGUGUGGACAUCACAUUUUUGGUUGUCAAGACCACGAUAUUAAAUUUUGUUCACAUGGGCCUUCUCUCAAAAUUUAAAACAAAUGUCCUCAUAUGUGGACAUCAUUUUUCUCAGAAACUACAUCAUGUAAAAAGAUCAUUCUUUGUUUUUACACUCAUCAGGUCCCAAUUAGCCUAAAUAUCAAAGAGAAAAUAAAAAUGCAUGCCUUGCAAGAGUUCGGGUCGUAGGAGGUUAAAAGAAAAAAAACUGGAUCGCAAUGCUGGAUCGGUAUCACUCAACAGAUAUCCGAUCCAGUUAAUUUGUCAGUAUCGGAGCUGAUAUCUGAUCCAAAUAUCGUAUUGGUGCAUCCCUAGUACCACAUUUAUAUAUGUUUAAACGAGCCAGUUGAAGUGAAUAUUAAUGCCCUUAGGACUGACUGUGAAUGUUGUGUUUGUGCCUAUUUUUUUACUUUAAUGAGAAGUUAAUAUGCAAACAUUCCUAGCUUAACACCCAGCUGCUAUGUUACAGAGUUUUAAUCCCCCCUUCUGUCAUAUCAGUCUUACAAACCAAAGAAAGCAUUGAUCCAGGAAGGAGUGGUCCCAUAUCAAUAGUGGCUUAUAAAGAGGCUUAUCACAGAGCCUGUGAGUUGGCAAUAUGUCUCAUUAUAUUGAAUGGUAACCCUGUAAUACAAAGGCUCAUAUUGUUUCCUACAGAGAUACCGACCUGCAGAUUUAUGUGAUUCUUAUUACGGCUCACCUGGUUGAGCACAGAUAAAUCAUGUCACAAAACAGAAAUGAUUAAAUUAGUGACACCAGUUGUGUUAAAAUACUUAGUGUAUCAAAUCACCAAACGUUGCCAUCAUCAUUACUGCUUGUGAAUAAAAGCUGCAAAGCAUUACAGGUUAAUCUUUUUUAAGCACCACGAUCAAAGUGAGUGUGACUGCUCUGUAUUGCCGUGACUUCAUGGUGUAAUUACAUUUUUUAUCACCUCCUGUUUGAAAAUCACACCUGGUAGCACUUUCUGCCAACGCUCAGUGCGAGCCAGAGAUGGCUGUUGGCUCACGGUGACUCUGUGAGUUAUUCUGAUAAAAUGUUGCAACAUUAUGUUAUCAUGGAGAUGGUCUUAGUAAAACUUAACACAGAUGUCAAAGGCGGCGCCGUUAGUUUCAAGUGUCAUCCAAUUUUGUUGCUUAUAAACGCAUAUGAAACUUUUUUGGAUAAAGAAUGAGUGUAUUCAUCAUAGCCUGAACAAAAUGACGUCAAGCAUCUAAAACUGGCACUUACUGAACAGCUUGACCUCUUGCUGUUUGCUCAUAAGACUAAGAGUGGGUUAAGGAUACCAGCUUGGUAUUGAACCAUCAACAUCUUACAGUUAAAGAUCAGGAGGUGAAGCAGGUGAGCAGUUUUACACACCUGGGCCAGGUGUUUAUCUUUUCACAUCAUGUUGAAUCCAUUACCAAAAAAAGCAAAGCGUCGCCUCUUCUAACUGCAAGUUACACCGCUUAAACGUCAGUAAAACCAACCGCAAAGAGAGGAAGGAAAUGGUGGUGGCAGAGGUGACAAGAAUGAAGGAAGAGCACUCUAAGAUCAAGCCUGUGUCGCAGGGCAGACAGGGGAGCUGGACGACCUGGGAGGGAGUAGCCAACCGAAACAUCACCUGGUCAGACCUGUGGAAGAUCCCACAGGCUCGGCUCAGCUUCCUCAUCCGCUCCACCUACGAUACGCUUCCCUGUCCUCUGAACCUCCACCAGUGGUUCGGAAGUGAGGCGUGCUGCUCACUCUGCAACACCCCAAACGCAACCCUCCAGCACAUAUUGUCAGGCUGUAAGAUUGCGCUCUCUCAGAUGGCGCCACGACCAGGUCCUGAGAAAGCUAACUGAGGUAGUGGAGGGGUGUAGACAGCGCAGCAAAGAGUCACCACCGGCAGAGAACCACAACCACAUCAAUUUCCUCACAGAAAGCGGGGAGGAAAAGAAACAUCGGCCAGGGAAAAUUCCUAAGCCGUUUUCCCCCGACCAGGAGUGGGACAUGAGAGUCGACCUCGACAGGCAGCUCCACUUCCCGGUUGAGAUUAUUACAACAUCUCUCCGCCCAGACAUAAUGGUGUGUUCGACCAAGGCAGUAUCAGUGCUCCUCAUUGAGCUCACAAUACCAGCUGAGGAGGGGAUUGAGGCUGCCUAUGAACGAAAGAAGGCCAAGUACUCAGAGCUGGUUGGACGGCCACCAUCUACCCAGUAGAGGUCGGAUGCUGAGGCUAUGUGGGACUGUCAAUGACACGCCUUCUGAGGGACGUAGGAGUAACUGGAAGGAACCUGAAGAACGCAACCGAGGAGCUAGCCGAAGAGGCUGAGGGGAGCUUUUGGCUCUGGCUGAGGAGAAAAGAUGGGUGCUGGGGAAAGAACAACUUACCAAGAGAACAGCGGCAGACGAUAAAACCUCUCAGCUACAGGGAGUGGCAGGGAGACGUCCCUGCCACUGCUCCGCCACCAGGAGACGUUCAAGGAUUAAAGGAGCGAAACGUUGGUGAAUGGUGGUUCCUGGCUGACAACUCUAGCUGACCCAUGGGCACCGGAGAAGGUGCGACAGGCAGUUGUUAGGGUUGCAGCUAGGGUCAGGGUUAGGAUUAGGGUUGCAGCUAGGGUUAGGGUUAGGGUUGGAGCUAGGGUUAGAGUUAGGGUUGCAGCUAGGGUUAGGGUUGGAGUUAGGGUUAGGGUUAGGGUUGCAGCUAGGGUUAGGGUUAGGGUUGGAGCUAGGGUUAGGUUUAGGGUUGGAGCUAGAGUUAGGGUUAGGGUUAGGGUUGCAGCUAGGGUCAGGGUUAUUGUUAGGGUUGGAGCUAGGGUUAGGUUUAGGGUUGGAGCUAAGGUUAGGGUAAGGGUUGCAGCUAGGGUUAGGGUUAGGGUUGGAGCUAGGGUUAGGGCUAGGGUUGAAGCUAGGGUUAGGUUGCAGCUAGGGUUAGGGUUGGGGUUGGAGCUAGGUUUAGGGUCAGGGUUGGAGCUAGGGUUAGGGUUGGAGCUAGGGUUGGGUUAGGGUUGGAGCUAGGGUUAGGGUUAGGGUUGCAGCUAGGGUUGGGGUUGGAGCUAGGGUUAGGGUUAGGGUUGCAGCUAGGGUUAGGGUUAGGGUUGGAGCUAGGGUUAGGGUUAGGGUUUCAGCUAGGGUUAGGGUUAGGGUUAGGGUAAGGGUUGGAGCUAGGGUUAGGGUUAGGGUAAGGGUUGGAGCUAGGGUUAGGGUUAGGGUUGAGGUUGAGGUUGGGUAAGGGUUACGGUUGGGUUAGGGUUGCAGCUAUGGUUAGGGUUAGGGUUGGAGCUAGGGUUAGGGUUGGGGUUGCAGCUAGGGUUAGGGUUAGGGUUAGGGUUAGGUUUGGAGCUAGGAUUAGGGUUAGGGUUGGAGCUAGAGUUAGGGUUAGGGUUGCAGCUAGGGUUAGGGUUAGGGUUGGAGCUAGGGUUAGGGUUAGGGUUGCAGCUAUGGUUAGGGUUAGGGUUGCAGCUAGGGUUAGGGUUAGGGUUGCAGCUAGGGUUAGGGUUAGGGUUAGGGUUGCAGCUAGGGUUAGGGUUAGGGUUGGAGCUAGGGUUAGGGUUAGGGUUAGGGUUGGAGCUAGGGUUAGGGUUGGAGCUAGGGUUAGGGUUAGGGUUGGAGCUAGGGUUAGGGUUGGAGCUAGGGUUAGGGUUAGGGUUAGGGUUGGAGCUGGGGCUAGGUUUAGGGAUAGGGUUGGAGCUAGGGUUAGGGUUAGGGUUGGAGCUAGGGUUAUGGUUAGGGUUGGAGCUAGGGUUAGGGUUGGAGCUAGGGUUGGGGUUAGGGUUAGGGUUGGAGCUAGGGCUAGGUUUAGGGAUAGGGUUGGAGCUAGGGUUAGGGUUAGGGUUGGAGCUAGGGUUAUGGUUAGGGUUGGAGCUAGGGUUAGGGUUGGAGCUAGGAUUGGGGUUAGGGUUAGGGUUGGAGCUAGGGUUAGGGUUAGGGUUGGAGCUAGGGUUAGGGUUAGGGUUAGGGUUAGGGUUGGAGCUAGGGUUAGGGUUAGGGAUAGGGUAAGGGUUAGGGUUGGAGCUAGGGUUAGUGUUAGGGUUGGAGCUAGAGCUAGGGUUAGGGUUAGGGUUGGAGCUAGGGUUAGGGUAAGGGUAAGGGUUGGAGCUAGGGUUAGGGUUAGGGUUAGGGUUGGAGCUAGGGUUAGGGUUAGGUUGGAGCUAGGGUUAGGGUUAGGGUUGGAGCUAGGAUUAGGGUUAGGGUUAGGGUUGGAGCUAGGGUUAGGGUUAGGGUUGGAGCUAGGGUUAGGGUUAGGGUUCGAGCUAGGGUUACGGUUAGGGUUGGAGCAAGGGUUUGGGUUAGGGUUAGGGUUGGAGCUAGGGUUAGGGUUAGGGUUAGGGUUGGAGCUAGGUUUAGGGUUAGGGUCAGGGAUAGGGUUGGAGCUAGGGUUAGGGUUGGGGUUGGAGCUAGGGUUAGGGUUAGGGUUAGGGUUGGAGCUAGAGUUAGGGUUAGGGUUAGGGUUGGAGAUAGAGGUAGCGUUAGGGUUGCAGCUAUGGUUAGGGUUAGGGUUAGGGUUGGAGCUAGGGUUAGGGUUAGGGUUAGGGUUGGAGCUAGGGUUAGGGUUAGGGUUGUAAUUAGGGUUAGGGUAAGGGUUGGAGCUAGGGUUAGGGUUGGAGCUAGGGUUAGGGUUAGGGUUAGGGUUAGGGUUGGAGCAAGGGUUAGGGUUAGGGUAAGGGUUGGAGCUAGGGUUAGGGUUGGAGCUAGGGUUAGGGUUAGGGUUGGAGCUAGGGUUAGGGUUAGGGUUGGAGCUAGGGUUAGGGUUAGGGUUGGAGCUAGGGUUAGGGUUAGGGUUGGAGCUAGAGCUAGGGUUAGGGUUAGGGUUGGAGCUAGAGCUAGGGUUAGGGUUAGGGUUGGAGCUAGGGUUAGGGUUAGGGUUGGAGCUAGGGUUAGGGUUAGGGUUGGAGCUAGGGUUAGGGUUAGGGUUAGGGUUGGAGCUAGGGUUAGGGUUAGGUUUAGGGUUGGAGCUAGGGUUAGGGUAAGGGUUAGGGUUGGAGCUAGAGCUAGGUUUAGGGAUAGGGUUGGAGCUAGGGUGAGGUUUAGGGUUGGAGCUAGGGUUAGGGUUAGGGUUAGGGUUGGAGAUAGGGUUAGGGUUGGAGCUAGGAUUAGGGUUAGGGUUAGGGUCGGAGCUAGGGUUAGGGUUAGGGUUGGAGCAAGGGUUAGGGUUAGGGUUAGGGUUGGAGCUAGGGUUAGGGUUAGGGUUGGAGCUAUGGUUAGGGUUAGGGAUAGGGUUGGAGCUAGGGUUAGGGUUAGGGUUAGGGUUAGGGUUGGAGCUAGGGUUAGGGUUAGGGUUAGGGUUGGAGCUAGAGCUAGGGUUAGGGUUAGGGUUUUAGCAAGGGUUAGGGUUAGGGUUGGAGCUAGGGUUAGGGUUAGGGUUGGAGCUAGGGUUAGGGUUAGGGUUAGGGUUGUAGCUAGGGUUAGGGUUGGAGCUAGGGUUAGGGUUAGGGUUGGAGCUAGAGCUAGGUUUAGGGUUAGGGUUGGAGCUAGGGUUAGGGUUGGAGCUUGGGUUAGGGUUAGGGUUAGGGUUGCAGCUAGGGUUAGGGUUAGGGUUAGGGUUGGAGCUAGGUUUAGGGUUAGGGUCAGGGAUAGGGUUGGAGCUAGGGUUAGGGUUGGGGUUGGAGCUAGGGUUAGGGUUGGGGUUAGGGUUGGAGCUAGAGUUAGGGUUAGGGUUAGGGUUGGAGAUAGAGGUAGCGUUAGGGUUGCAGCUAGGGUUAGGUUUAGGGUUGGAGCUAGGGUUAGGGUUAGGGUUGGAGCUAGGGUUAGGGUUAGGGUUGGAAUUAGGGUUAGGGUAAGGGUUGGAGCUAGGGUUAGGGUUGGAGCUAGGGUUAGGGUUAGGGUUGGAGCUAGGGUUAGGGUUAGGGUAAGGGUUGGAGCUAGGGUUAGGGUUGGAGCUAGGGUUAGGGUUAGGGUUGGAGCUAGGGUUAGGGUUAGGGUUAGGGUUGGAGCUAGGGUUAGGGUUAGGUUUAGGGUUGGAGCUAGGGUUAGGGUUAGGGUUGGAGCUAGAGCUAGGUUUAGGGAUAGGGUUGGAGCUAGGGUGAGGUUUAGGGUUGGAGCUAGGGUUAGGGUUAGGGUUAGGGUUGGAGCUAGGAUUAGGGUUAGGGUUAGGGUCGGAGCUAGGGUUAGCGUUAGGGUUUGAGCUAGGGUUAGGGUUAGGGUUGGAGCAAGGGUUAGGGUUAGGGUUAGGGUUGGAGCUAGGGUUAGGGUUAGGGUUGGAGCUAUGGUUAGGGUUAGGGUUAGGGAUAGGGUUGGAGCUAGGGUUAGGGUUAGGGUUGGAUCUAGGGUUAGGGUUAGGGUUGGAGCCAGAGCUAGGGUUAGGGUUAGGGUUUGAGCAAGGGUUAGGGUUAGGGUUGGAGCUAGGGUUAGGGUUAGGGUUGGAGCUAGGGUUAGGGUUAGGGUUAGGGUUGGAGCUAGGGUUAGGGUUGGAGCUAGAGCUAGGGUUAGGGUUAGGGUUGGAGCUAGGGUUAGGGUUAGGGUUGGAGCUUGGGUUAGGGUUAGGGUUAGGGUUAGGGUUGGAGCUAGAGCUAGGGUUAGGGUUUGGGUUGCAGCUAGUGUUAGGGUUAGGGUUGGAGCUAGAGCUAGGGUUCGGGUUGGAGCUAGGGUUAGGGUUAGGGUUGGAGCUAGGGUUAGGGUUAGGGUUAGGGUUGGAGCUAGGGUUAGGGUUGGAGCUAGGGUUAGGGUUAGGGUUGGAGCUAGGGUUAGGGUUAGGGUUGGAGCUAGUGUUAGGGUUGGGGUUGGAGCUAGGGUUAGGGUUGGGGUUAGGGUUGGAGCUAGAGUUAGGGUUAGGGUUGGAGAUAGAGGUAGCGUUAGGGUUGCAGCUAGGGUUAGGGUUAGGGUUGGAGCUACGGUUAGGGUUAGGGUUGCAGCUAUGGUUAGGGUUAGGGUUGGAGCUAGGGUAAGGGUUAGGGUUAGGGUUGGAAUUAGGGUUAGGGUAAGGAUUGGAGCUAGGGUUAGGGUUGGAGCUAGGGUUAGGGUUAGGGUUAGGGUUGGAGCUAGGGUUAGGGUUGCAGCUAGAGCUAGGGUUAGGGUUAGGGUUGGAGCUAGGGUUAGGGUUAGGGUUGGAGCUUGGGUUAGGGUUAGGGUUAGGGUUAGGGUUGGAGCUAGAGCUAGGGUUAGGGUUUGGGUUGCAGCUAGUGUUAGGGUUAGGGUUGGAGCUAGAGCUAGGGUUCGGGUUGGAGCUAGGGUUAGGGUUAAGGUUGGAGCUAGGGUUAGGGUUAGGGUUAGGGUUGGAGCUAGGGUUAGGGUUGGAGCUAGGGUUAGGGUUAGGGUUGGAGCUAGGGUUAGGGUUAGGGUUGGAGCUAGGGUUGGGGUUGGAGCUAGGGUUAGGGUUGGGGUAAGGGUUGGAGCUAGAGUUAGGGUUAGGGUUGGAGAUAGAGGUAGCGUUAGGGUUGCAGCUAGGGUUCGGGUUAGGGUUGGAGCUACGGUUAGGGUUAGGGUUGCAGCUAUAGGGUUAGGGUUAGGGUUGGAGCUAGGGUAAGGGUUAGGGUUAGGGUUGGAAUUAGGGUUAGGGUAAGGAUUGGAGCUAGGGUUAGGGUUGGAGCUAGGGUUAGGGUUAGGGUUAGGGUUGGAGCUAGGGUUAGGGUUAGGGUAAGGGUUGGAGCUAGGGUUAGGGUUGGAGCUAGGGUUAGGGUUAGGGUUAGGGUUGGAGCUAGGGUUAGGGUUAGGGUUCGAGCUAGGGUUAGGGUUAGGGUUGGAGCUAGAGCUAGGUUUAGGGAUAGGGUUGGAGCUAGGGUGAGGUUUAGGGUUGGAGCUAGGGUUAGGGUUAGGGUUGGAGCUAGGAUUAGGGUUAGGGUUAGGGUCGGAGCUAGGGUUAGCGUUAGGGUUUGAGCUAGGGUUAGGGUUAGGGUUGGAGCAAGGGUUAGGGUUAGGGUUAGGGUUGGAGUUAGGGUUAGGGUUAGGGUUGGAGCUAUGGUUAGGGUUAGGGUUAGGGAUAGGGUUGGAGCUAGGGUUAGGGUUAGGGUUGGAUCUAGGGUUAGGGUUAGGGUUGGAGCCAGAGCUAGGGUUAGGGUUAGGGUUUGAGCAAGGGUUAGGGUUAGGGUUUGGAGCUAGGGUUAGGGUUAGGGUUGGAGCUAGGGUUAGGGUUAGGGUUAGGGUUGGAGCUAGGGUUAGGGUUGGAGCUAGGGAGCUAGGGUUAGGGUUAGGGUUGGAGCUAGGGUUAGGGUUAGGGUUAAGGUUGGAGCUAGGUUUAGGGUUAGGGUUAGGGUUGGAGCUAGAGCUAGGGUUAGGGUUUGGGUUGCAGCUAGUGUUAGGGUUAGGGUUGGAGCUAGAGCUAGGGUUCGGGUUGGAGCUAGGGUUAGGGUUAGGGUUGGAGCUAGGGUUAGGGUUAGGGUUAGGGUUGGAGCUAGGGUUAGGGUUGGAGCUAGGGUUAGGGUUAGGGUUGGAGCUAGGGUUAGGGUUAGGGUUGGAGCUAGUGUUAGGGUUGGGGUUGGAGCUAGGGUUAGGGUUGGGGUUAGGGUUGGAGCUAGAGUUAGGGUUAGGGUUGGAGAUAGAGGUAGCGUUAGGGUUGCAGCUAGGGUUCGGGUUAGGGUUGGAGCUACGGUUAGGGUUAGGGUUGCAGCUAUGGUUAGGGUUAGGGUUGGAGCUAGGGUAAGGGUUAGGGUUAGGGUUGGAAUUAGGGUUAGGGUAAGGAUUGGAGCUAGGGUUAGGGUUGGAGCUAGGGUUAGGGUUAGGGUUAGGGUUGGAGCUAGGGUUAGGGUUAGGGUAAGGGUUGGAGCUAGGGUUAGGGUUGGAGCUAGGGUUAGGGUUAGGGUUAGGGUUGGAGCUAGGGUUAGGGUUAGGGUUCGAGCUAGGGUUAGGGUUAGGGUUGGAGCUAGAGCUAGGGUUAGGGUUAGGGUUGGAGCUAGGGUUAGGGUUAGGGUUAGGGUUGGAGCUAGGGUUAGGGUUAGGGUUGGAGCUAGGGUUAGGGUUUGGUUUAGGGUUGGAGCUAGGGUUAGGGUUAGGGUUAGGGUUGGAGCUAGAGCUAGGUUUAGGGAUAGGGUUGGAGCUAGGGUGAGGUUUAGGGUUGGAGCUAGGGUUAGGGUUAGGGUUGGAGCUAGGGUUAGGGUUGGAGCUAGGAUUAGGGUUAGGGUUAGGGUUGGAGCUAGGGUUAGGGUUAGGGUUUGAGCUAGGGUUAGGGUUAGGGUUGGAGCAAGGGUUAGGGUUAGGGUUAGGGUUGGAGCUAGGGUUAGGGUUAGGGUUAGGGAUAGGGUUGGAGCUAGGGUAAGGGUUAGGGUUGGAUCUAGGGUUAGGGUUAGGGUUAGGGUUGGAGCUAGGGUUAGGGUUAGGGUUAGGGUUGGAGCUAGAGCUAGGGUUAGGGUUCGGGUUUGAGCAAGGGUUAGGGUUAGGGUUGGAGCUAGGGUUAGGGUUAGGGUUGGAGCUAGGGUUAGGGUUAGGGUUGGAGCUAGGGUUAGGGUUAGGGUUGGAGCUAGGGUUAGGGUUGGAGCUAGGGUUAGGGUUAGGGUUGGAGCUAGGGUUAGGGUUAGGGUUGGAGCUAGGGUUAGGGUUAGGGUUGGAGCUAGGGUUAGGGUUGGAGCUAUGGUUAGGGUUGGAGCUAGAGCUAGGGUUAGGGUUAGGUUUGGAGCUUGGGUUAGGGUUAGGGUUGCAGCUAGGGUUAGGGUUGGAGCUAGGGUUAGGGUUAGGGUUGGAGCUAGGGUUAGGGUUAGGGUUGGAGCUAGGGUUAGGGUUGGAGCUAGGGUGAUGGUUAGGGUUGGAGCAAGGGUUAGGGUUAGGGUUAGGGUUGGAGCUAGGGUUAGGGUAAGGGUUAGGGUUGGAGCUAGGGUUAGGGUUAGAGUUAGGGUUGGAGCUAGUUUUAGGGUUAGGGUUGGAGCUAGAGCUAGGGUUAGGGUUUGGGUUGCAGCUAGGGUUAGGGUUAGGGUUGGAGCUAGAGCUAGGGUUGGGGUUGGAGCUAGGGUUAGGGUUAGGGUUGGAGCUAGGGUUAGGGUUAGGGUUAGGGUUGGAGCAAGGGUUAGGGUUGGAGCUAGGGUUAGGGUUAGGGUUGGAGCUAGGGUUAGGGUUAGGGUUAGGGUUGGAGCUAGAGCUAGGUUUAGGGAUAGAGUUGGAGCUAGAGCAAGGGUUAGGGUUGGGGUUUGAGCUAGGGUUAGGGUUAGGGUUGGAGCUAGGGUAAGGGUUAGGGUUGGAGCUAGGGUUAGGGUUAGGGUUGGAGCUAGAGCUAGGGUUAGGGUUAGGGUUGGAGCUAGGGUUAGGGUUCAGGUAAGGGUUGGAGCUAGGGUUAGGGUUGGAGCUAUGGUUAGGGUUAGGGUUAGGUUGGAGCUAGGGUUAGGGUUAGGGUUGGAGCAAGGGUUAGGGUUAUGGUUAGGGUUGGAGCUAGGGUUAGGGUUAGGGUUAUGGUUAGGGAUAGGGUUGGAGCUAGGGUAAGGGUUAGGGUUGGAUCUAGGGUUAGGGUUAGGGUUAGGGUUGGAGCUAGGGUUAGGGUUAGGGUUAGGGUUGGAGCUAGAGCUAGGGUUAGGGUUAGGGUUUGAGCAAGGGUUAGGGUUAGGGUUUGAGCUAGGGUUAGGGUUAGGGUUGGAGCUAGGGUUAGGGUUGGAGCUAGGGUUAGGGUUGGAGCUAGGGUUAGGGUUAGGGUUAGGGCUAGGGUUAGGGUUAGGGUUGGAGCUAGGGUUAGGGUUAGGGUUAGGGUUGGAGCUAGGGUUAGGGUUGGAGCUAUGGUUAGGGUUGGAGCUUGAGCUAGGGUUAGGGUUAGGGUUGGAGCUUGGGUUAGGGUUAGGGUUGCAGCUAGGGUUAGGGUUGGAGCUAGGGUUAGGGUUAGGGUUGGAGCUAGGGUUAGGGUUAGGGUUGGAGCUAGGGUUAGGGUUAGGUUUGGCGCUAGGGUUAGGGUUGGAGCUAGGGUGAUGGUUAGGGUUGGAGCAAGGGUUAGGGUUAGGGUUAGGGUUGGAGCUAGGGUUAGGGUAAGGGUUAGGGUUGGAGCUAGGGUUAGGGUUAGAGUUAGGGUUGGAGCUAGUUUUAGGGUUAGGGUUGGAGCUAGAGCUAGGGUUAGGGUUUGGGUUGCAGCUAGGGUUAGGGUUAGGGUUGGAGCUAGAGCUAGGGUUGGGGUUGGAGCUAGGGUUAGGGUUAGGGUUAGGGUUGGAGCAAGGGUUAGGGUUGGAGCUAGGGUUAGGGUUAGGGUUGGAGCUAGGGUUAGGGUUAGGGUUGGAGCUAGGGUUAGGGUUAGGGUUGGAGCUAGGGUUAGGGUUAGGGUUAGGGUUGGAGCUAGAGCUAGGUUUAGGGAUAGAGUUGGAGCUAGAGCAAGGGUUAGGGUUGGGGUUGGAGCUAGGGUUAGGGUUAGGGUUGGAGCUAGGGUAAGGGUUAGGGUUGGAGCUAGGGUUAGGGUUAGGGUUGGAGCUAGGGUUAGGGUUAGGGUUGGAGCUAGGGUUAGGGUUCAGGUAAGGGUUGGAGCUAGGGUUAGGGUUGGAGCUAUGGUUAGGGUUAGGGUUAGGUUGGAGCUAGGGUUAGGGUUAGGGUUGGAGCUAGGGUUAGGGUUAGGGUUGGAGCUAGGGUUAGGGUUUGGGUUAGGGUUGGAGCUAGGGUUAGGCUUGGAGCUAGGGUUAGGGUUAGGGUUGGAGCUAGGGUUAGGGUUAGGUUUGGAGCUAGGGUUAGGCUUAGGGUUCCAGCUAGGGUUAGGGUUAGGGUUGCAGCUAGGGUUAGGGUUAGAGUAACAGCUAGUGUUAGGGUUAGGGUUAGAGUAACAGCUAGGGUUCGGGUUAGGGUUGGUGCUAGUUUUAGGGUUAAGGUUAGGUUGCAGCUAGGGUUAUGGUUAGGGUUGGAGCUAGGGUUAGGGUUUCAUCUAGGGUUAGGGUUAGGGUUGGAGCUAGGGUUAGGGUUAGGGUUGCAGCUAGGAUUAGGGUUAGGGUUGGAGCUAGGGUUACAGUUAGGGUUAGGGUUUCAACUAGGGUUAGGGUUAGGGUUAGGGUCGCAAUUAAGGAUUAUGGUUAGGGUUGGAGCUAGGGUUAGGGUUAGGGUUGGAGCUAGGGUUAGGGUUAGGGUUGGAGCUAGGGUUAGGGUUGGAGCUAUGGUUAGGGUUGGAGCUAGAGCUAGGGUUAGGGUUAGGUUUGGAGCUUGGGUUAGGGUUAGGGUUGCAGCUAGGGUUAGGGUUGGAGCUAGGGUUAGGGUUAGGGUUGGAGCUAGGGUUAGGGUUAGGGUUGGAGCUAGGGUUAGGGUUGGAGCUAGGGUGAUGGUUAGGGUUGGAGCAAGGGUUAGGGUUAGGGUUAGGGUUGGAGCUAGGGUUAGGGUAAGGGUUAGGGUUGGUGCUAGGGUUAGGGUUAGAGUUAGGGUUGGAGCUAGUUUUAGGGUUAGGGUUGGAGCUAGAGCUAGGGUUAGGGUUUGGGUUGCAGCUAGGGUUAGGGUUAGGGUUGGAGCUAGAGCUAGGGUUGGGGUUGGAGCUAGGGUUAGGGUUAGGGUUGGAGCUAGGGUUAGGGUUAGGGUUAGGGUUGGAGCAAGGGUUAGGGUUGGAGCUAGGGUUAGGGUUAGGGUUGGAGCUAGGGUUAGGGUUAGGGUUAGGGUUGGAGCUAGAGCUAGGUUUAGGGAUAGAGUUGGAGCUAGAGCAAGGGUUAGGGUUGGGGUUUGAGCUAGGGUUAGGGUUAGGGUUGGAGCUAGGGUAAGGGUUAGGGUUGGAGCUAGGGUUAGGGUUAGGGUUGGAGCUAGAGCUAGGGUUAGGGUUAGGGUUGGAGCUAGGGUUAGGGUUCAGGUAAGGGUUGGAGCUAGGGUUAGGGUUGGAGCUAUGGUUAGGGUUAGGGUUAGGUUGGAGCUAGGGUUAGGGUUAGGGUGGGAGCAAGGGUUAGGGUUAUGGUUAGGGUUGGAGCUAGGGUUAGGGUUAGGGUUAUGGUUAGGGAUAGGGUUGGAGCUAGGGUAAGGGUUAGGGUUGGAUCUAGGGUUAGGGUUAGGGUUAGGGUUGGAGCUAGGGUUAGGGUUAGGGUUGGAGCUAGAGCUAGGGUUAGGGUUAGGGUUUGAGCAAGGGUUAGGGUUAGGGUUUGAGCUAGGGUUAGGGUUAGGGUUGGAGCUAGGGUUAGGGUUGGAGCUAGGGUUAGGGUUGGAGCUAGGGUUAGGUUUAGGGUUGGAGCUAGGGUUAGGGUUAGGGUUGGAGCUAGGGUUAGGGUUAGGGUUAGGGUUGGAGCUAGGGUUAGGGUUGGAGCUAUGGUUAGGGUUGGAGCUUGAGCUAGGGUUAGGGUUAGGGUUGGAGCUUGGGUUAGGGUUAGGGUUGCAGCUAGGGUUAGGGUUGGAGCUAGGGUUAGGGUUAGGGUUGGAGCUAGGGUUAGGGUUAGGGUUGGAGCUAGGGUUAGGGUUAGGGUUGGAGCUAGGGUUAGGGUUGGAGCUAGGGUGAUGGUUAGGGUUGGAGCAAGGGUUAGGGUUAGGGUUAGGGUUGGAGCUAGGGUUAGGGUAAGGGUUAGGGUUGGAGCUAGGGUUAGGGUUAGAGUUAGGGUUGGAGCUAGUUUUAGGGUUAGGGUUGGAGCUAGAGCUAGGGUUAGGGUUUGGGUUGCAGCUAGGGUUAGGGUUAGGGUUGGAGCUAGAGCUAGGGUUGGGGUUGGAGCUAGGGUUAGGGUUAGGGUUGGAGCUAGGGUUAGGGUUAGGGUUAGGGUUGGAGCAAGGGUUAGGGUUGGAGCUAGGGUUAGGGUUAGGGUUGGAGCUAGGGUUAGGGUUAGGGUUGGAGCUAGGGUUAGGGUUAGGGUUAGGGUUGGAGCUAGAGCUAGGUUUAGGGAUAGAGUUGGAGCUAGAGCAAGGGUUAGGGUUGGGGUUGGAGCUAGGGUUAGGGUUAGGGUUGGAGCUAGGGUAAGGGUUAGGGUUGGAGCUAGGGUUAGGGUUAGGGUUGGAGCUAGGGUUAGGGUUAGGGUUGGAGCUAGGGUUAGGGUUCAGGUAAGGGUUGGAGCUAGGGUUAGGGUUGGAGCUAUGGUUAGGGUUAGGGUUAGGUUGGAGCUAGGGUUAGGGUUAGGGUUGGAGCUAGGGUUAGGGUUAGGGUUGGAGCUAGGGUUUGGGUUUGGGUUAGGGUUGGAGCUAGGGUUAGGCUUGGAGCUAGGGUUAGGGUUAGGGUUGGAGCUAGGGUUAGGGUUAGGCUUGGAGCUAGGGUUAGGCUUAGGGUUCCAGCUAGGGUUAGGGUUAGGGUUGGAGUUAGGGUUAGGGUUAUGGUUGGAGCUAGGGUUAGGGUUAGGGUUAGGGUUGGAGCUAGGGUUAGGGUUUGGUUUAGGGUUGGAGCUAGGGUUAGGGUUAGGGUUAGGGUUGGAGCUAGAGCUAGGUUUAGGGAUAGGGUUGGAGCUAGGGUGAGGUUUAGGUUUGGAGCUAGGGUUAGGGUUAGGGUUGGAGCUAGGGUUAGGGUUGGAGCUAGGAUUAGGGUUAGGUUUAGGGUUGGAGCUAGGGUUAGGGUUAGGGUUGCAGCUAGGAUUAGGGUUAGGGUUGGAGCUAGGGUUACAGUUAGGGUUAGGGUUUCAACUAGGGUUAGGGUUAGGGUUAGGGUCGCAAUUAGGGUUAUGGUUAGGGUUGGAGCUAGGGUUAGGGUUGCAUCUACGGUUAGGGUUAGGGUUGGAGCUAGGGUUAGGGUUAGGUUGGAGCUAGGGUUAGGGUUAGGGUUGCAGUUAGGGUUAAGAUUCGAGUUCGGGCUAGGGUUAGGGUUGCAGCUUGGGUUAGGGUUAGGGUAACAGCUAGGGUUAGGGUUGGAGCUAGGGUUAGGGUUAGGGUUGCAACUAGGAUUAGGUUUAGGUUUAGGGUUAGGGUUGGAGUUAGGGUUACAGUUAGGGUUAGGGUUGCAGCUAGGGUUAGGGUUAGGGUUUGCGUUGGAGCUAGUGUUACAGUUAGGGUUAGGGUUGCAACUAGGGUUAGGGUUAGGGUUCCAUCUAGGGUUAGGGUUAGUGUUAGGGUUGGAUUUAGGGUUAGGGUUAGGGUUGCAGCUAGGGUUAGGGUUAGGGUUUGGGUUGGAGCUAGUGUUACAGUUAGGGUUAGGGUUGCAACUAGGGUUAGGGUUAGGGUUGCAUCUAGGGUUAGGGUUAGUGUUACAGUUGGAUUUAGGGUUAGGGUUAGGGUUGCAGCUAGGGUUAGGUCUAGGGUUAGGGUUGCAGCUAGGUUUAGGGUUAGUUUUAGCACUUGUGUUCCAUCUUCCUUCACACUCAUCAGUAAAUGCAUUUGGAAAAGAGUUUACCAAUAACUUACUGAAAUUGACCUUACUUUAAACACGGUGUCCUAGUUUGAGAGCUUGAGUGUCAAAAACAAGAGAGCCUUUCAAUAUGGUUCCAUGAGGAAGCUUAAUCACAGGCUUUAAACAAACUCAGCUGCCCCAUAAUCUACAAAAGAUAUAAUACAAAUUUGUCAGUUCAAGCUGGGACUUUGAGGAAAUGAUGUGAUAAAAGCUCUGAAAACACACAAGGAGUAAAGUUUUGUAUUUAGUCAAUGAUGGUGGGUUGAAAAUGGUCCUAAACGAGGAUGUUUCCAGCUGUUGCAUACAUGUCUUUAUCUUUUGAGCAAGUUUUUGUUGCAAAAUUUAUCACAAAUUAUUCCUCUGUGUCUGAUCUGCAGCUUCUUAGAUUGAUGCCAAUGAAAGACUAUCUUGUCCUUCACAUAUUUAGGUGACAGAAUAACAAAAUGCAUAUGUUAAGGCAGGGAUAAAUAUGUUUUCUAUUCAAUGGGACCUUUUACAGUAAUAAGAAAUGCGUAAUUCAGAAUAAGGGCGUUAAAGAAUACACAACAGCAGAGCAGACAUACCAGUGAGUAAGUGUGUACGUGUGUGAGUGCCUCUAGUCUGAACCAGAGCCUCUCCUAAUGAUGUUUCCCACAUAAACAAAAAAUGUAAAAAUAUACAGACUCACAUUUUAUGGAAGUUUUGGAACCAAUUGUGCGAUUGUUGAUUAACUUUGGAUUUGUUUCAUUUCAUUUGAUGUUUUAUACAGAAAGAAAUGUUGCAAAGGCUUCAAGUUUGUGUUGGGCCAGUGCAUUCCUGAAGGUAAGAAAAGAGUUUGGCCUUCUGUGUUGUGACGAAUUUUUGAAUUCUUUUCCAUCUUGUCUCAUAAUAUUUUCACUGUACUCCACUGGACUCUCUCUUUUUUAUUCUUCCUUAAUAUGUUACCUGAAGUUUGGGCUGAAUUAAAAAUUAAAAAUUAAAAAUAAAAAAACAGAUGAGAUAGAAAACUGAUAGAAUGCAUCAUUUAUUUCUGCAGACUAUGAUGUGUGUGCUGACGCCCCUUGCGAGCAACAGUGCACCGACCAUUUUGGGCGAGUGGUGUGCACCUGUUACCCCGGCUACCGCUACGACCGUGACCGCCAUAGAAACAGGGAGAAGCCCUACUGCCUGGGUAAAACCUUACACACACUAUUAAAGACCCUUUGCUGUCUCAGAUUUGUCACCUCCAUAUAAACAAAAUUUUUCAAACUUCGUAGUCCGGUAAAAGCUUUUAAAAUUUGGAAUAACUGGAGCAGACAACAAAUUGCAUGGCCUGAUUUCUUUUGCUCGUUUUUAAAUAUUUAUUGAGUUCCCCCCAUAGACUGUAUAUAGAAUGGACAGCGUCUGCCUCCUUGCUUGGUGAAGCCACUGUGAGAACAGCACCCUCUGGUGACGGGCUGCAGUAUAGUUCAUGAAUGCCACCUCCCCCAGCCAUCCUUAUGGAGCUGUGGACAAACUUUAGAAAUUUAUUACACAGAACAGCUCAGUUUUUAAAAGUUAUUAGGGGGUUCAUGUUUUCUACUUGAUACAGCCUAUGGGCGUACAAAGAUUGCGUAGCUCAUCCGGGGGAUACGCUGUUGGAGCUCAACCCUCGGCAACUCUCACGUGGAAUUCGUACAAUGCUACUGCGCAAUGUUGGUUUCAGGAAGUGGAGAAAAAACAUGGAAUUACCGAGAGCUUUUUGGCAGAAGGCGGAACCAAGUUGUCCAUAGUAUAUACAGUCUAUGGUUCCCCCCACUGGUGCAUUACAAGAGUACACUGCAGUGAGUUUGUGUGAGUAAAUGAAGAUGCUCAUAAGUUAAUUUGUCUUGUCAUUCAAGCUCAUGUAUGUUAAAUUGGUGAUUUGACAUAAUCUUUUUAUCUGUUUUCUUUGUCUGACUGAAACUACACAAGCAUUGAAUAAAUAUUAAAUUAGGUUUUAGUGAAAAUGUCUUAUAUUAUUCUCUUAAAUUAUAAAUUUAAUCCUUUUGCAAAAGUUAUAUCUGCUUUUCAAACGUGGGUGCAUGCAGCUAAACUCGUGGCUGUCUUUAACUUUCAUUUGCAUUUUCUGUUUUUAACUUGUCCUCUCCCUGUCACCACAACAUGAAGAAAUCGACGAGUGCGUGGACAAAAACACAACCGCAUGCUCUCAGAUCUGCAUUAACACCGUGGGGAGCUACAGGUGUGAGUGUGAGAAAGGCUUUUUCCUGGAAGAAGAUGGUACAACAUGCACCAAGGGGGAGAGAGGUGAGAACAGCGUUUUUUUUACAGAGACAUUUCUUAUUUAUUCGAGGGCACAUCUGACGGUGAGGUGGAGCUGACCACACAUUGUUCUGGGGUUCCUGCGAGUAUAAGAACGAAAAAGAGAUGGGGGUACUGCAUGCAUGGACACCUGGUAGUCAUUAUACAUCCAGCUCUUGUGCAUGUCAGAACAGUUGAGUCUCCCAAACAUAACUCUGCCCCCCUGACUCCUGGUCUUGUCUCAUUUUCUGGUUGCAUAUUGAGGAAAACAUCACAGAGAGGUUCAGGCGAUGAUAACGUUUUUUUUUGUCCCAGAUUCAGUUGCCAAUGAAGCAGACAGGGGCUGCAGAUUUGCUACUUCCUCCCAUGAGUUUAUCUUCCAUUACCUGCUAUAAUAUUUCAGGGGCAGCUGGAAAGUGAGAAACUAUGGUGCAUACAGUCAUACUUCUGUUUUAUGUCCUCCUGCUUUAAAGGAGGGGGGAAGCGUCCAGACACUUUCACUCAUCCAUGUAAUAUAUGCAGUCUUAGGCUGGGUCAGCAACCAGCCAGAAACAUAACCAUGAUUUCAGACGCUGAUCUUGGCUCUUUAUGUUGAAUUUCCUCCAUAAAUAAAGCUUAAACUCUUGAUUUGGUUUCUGAUUACAUGAAUUAGAAUUAAAGUAAGGAUAUAGAAUUAGCAAAGCCUUUAGUGAGGCUUUGUUUCUGGACUCUGACAUAUAUUCAAGACCACCUGUCUGUCAAAAUGAAGGAUUACAGGUGACCCACAAAUUUUUAGUCUUGGGCGAUAAAACAAUGAUAUAUAUCGGAAAUUAAUUUCCCUCAAUAUCAAUAUAAAACAUGGUCAAUAUGCUUGCUGACAGCUGGCAUUCUGCCUAUAUGAAUUUCCAAUGACAAGGGGAGUUGCUCCAGGUCGACUUCGCGCUGAACAAAUCAUGUGCUGAAUUAGAACCAAGUAGCAAACAACUGUGUAGUAGCAGACUGCAGCUACAUGCAACUUAACAGGUGAAGCCAACAGCAAAAAAAAGAAAAUGAGUUCUACCCCUGACAGAAAUGCAAAUGGAGGCUCAACAGAUGACGACAUUGUCGGCAACAUUGGCACGAAAACAUAGGUGUGGAGGUAUUUUGGUUUUUUGAGGUCAGACAUUAAGCAGAGUAAUGUGCACUGCAAAUUAUGUCGAGUACAUGUUCUCGCAAAGUUGGGGAAUACCUCAAAUCUUUUUCACCAUCUGAAGCAGCGACACACGGCAGAGCGCGCAGAAUGCAAAAGGUUACAAACCCAAGUGGAGCGAGGAGCCCAGCUGGAACAGCCAACCAUUCAGUCAGAGACACAAAGACCUCACAGAUGCAGCAGCUUAUUGUAUUGCAAAAGACAUGCUACCAAUAAGCGCUAUUAAAUUUCAUUUUUUAUAUCAUGAUAUAUAUCGAUAUCCACUGAUAUGAAAAGAUAUAUCAUGAUAAACUUUUUCCCAUAUCGCCCAGCCCUAGUUUAGUCUUACGAAUGACAGUGUGCCUCUGGAUUGUCAGACAGUCCUGAACUAUCUCACGGUUUACAGUCUUCUGAAAAUUAAAACAUAAAAAAGUUGUUUCCAUCUGUUUGUAGCGGUGCAUCUCUUUAAAAAGUCUGACAACGUGAUGGAUGCUGGGACCUGCUCGGCCACUUGUGAUGAUUUCCUCCAGAUGAAGAUGUCGGUCCUGCAGCUAAAGCAGAAGGUAAAAUUGGACAAAAAAUCAAUACACCACACUGAACUCUUUUACAUACAUAAAAUGUAAUAGAAACAUUAUGUCUUAAAUCUUUGUUCUGGAUCCUGCAGCUUUUUAGUACUUUAUGGCUGACUGCAGAGAGGCUUCAGGGAGCAUCAAGCUCACUGCUUUGAUUCAGUUGAAUGAAUCUUGAGCUGAUUUAUUGUCUCUAUCAGAACCUAAAGCUCUCACUUUAUAUUUAAGGGUUUCAUACCCUGAAUCAACACGACUUUUACAACUCUCUUAAGCUUUUUCACACCCUUUUAUUUCCUAACAGCACAAUGAAACUUCCGUCACUAUAGCUGGCAGAUCUCCAUUAGUGGGAAUUGCUGUAGAGUUUGUGUGAAACUUAACAGAGGUUAGGUUUCCCUCUGUGUAAUUACAGGCGUCUGAACCUAUCUGAACAGGGGUCUGUCAACAGUGGCACUCAACACCGUUACAAUAAGACAUGAUGUAUUGCUUCCAGCUGUGUGGUCUAAGUGCUGCUUCAGCUACACCGCACAUGACCGUGAUCUAAUACAUUAAAAAUCAAAAUAAAACUCCACACUGUUGCUUAGUUAAAAAAUCUGUCAGUGGUUAGUGUUUGAAUUUAAAAGCACACUGUGGUCCAAACACCUGUGCACGGAGUCCCAGGCUACAGUCUUGCAUAAUGCUCGCUCAUCAGCAGGUGAACCGUGACCCCUCACAGCGCGUGUGCAUGUGUGCGUGGACAUAUGCUUCUACCUUUGUGAGCAUGAAUUCUGAUUAGCGCGCUCUCACAGCACAGCGAGGUCCUUCACAUGUUCCCCUCUGGGAUUAUCAGACCCACAUGAUAUUACACAGAGAUCAAAGUUAACUUUUUCAUUCCCAAGGAUGCCACUUUGCAUCCAGAGCAGGAACUCUCUUGGUCUUGCUGAAUAAUGCAGAGGGGUUGCCUUGCCCUCCAUCUGUGUGGGUUACAGCUUGUAGUGAUGAGCAGAUGGAGGAUCAGCUUUCAUCUCUGGCAGGAAUAUCAUUUGAACAUAAUAUCCCUUGAAGCUGGCCCUUCAGUGGGUAAUUUCCCCGUCCUGUGCGAUAGUGCAGGCCCUUAUGAAUCAUUGUUUGGAGAGGCAUUUUAGGUAUGACAACCAAAUGAGCAAAUUGUAAAGUUACUGUAAGCAUUUGGAAGUUUGACCUCACUUCCAAAGAGAAAAAAAAGACUUUCAUGCCAGAAAGAAUAUCUGUAUUUAUUGGCAAUGUCCUUUAUUUGAUUUUUCAAAUCAUUUACUUCUGUGCAGUUGACCUGCUCCAUCACUCAUUAUUUUCUGCAUCCUCAUUCAAGAUGGCCAUGCUGUCAAACAGUGCUGACAUCCCCGAGCAAAUGACCAGCGAGAAAUUCCUGACGUCGCCCGUAUUUUUACCGGGGCCCCCGGGUCUCCCAGGACCUCCAGGUAAAACACACGAAGCUAAGGAUAACAAAACAGUGUCAGAGUCUGUGUGAAGGAACUGGCCUGCAUCCAGCAGAGAUGGUAUGAGGCAUUAAACAUUAAUACAGCUAAGGCCGAUGGGAAUGUCAUUAGCUCUGCAGGUUUCAGUCAUAAACCAAAGUGUUGAAAAAACUCUAAGUUUGACCUGAGCGCGGUGACAUGAAUAUUUAGAUCCAAUCUGAUGGGAAUCAAACUAUGACCAAAAUCGCAGGGACUAUUUUCAAAACUUUUUUAAAUGUUGAAAUCAAGUUUUGUGCCGACUUUGAGAAAGUGUUAUCCAAAGACUUUGAACAGACAAACUGAGCAUCCUGGGAGCCGCACAGUAAGGCUGUGUUAUUGAAGAUAAAAUCAUUUUGUGCUCACUGUCUGCCUUUUUUUGUGAUUUUUAAGUCGACUUAUAUCACUCUGGAUUGUUUCAGGGGAUCCAGGACCAGAGGGGCCUCCAGGGUUGUUGGGGGCCCCUGGGCCUCCUGGUCCUAGAGGCUUGAUGGGACCUGUUGGACCCACACCAGACCUGUUCCACAUCAAACGAGGUCCCAGAGGAGCAGUGGUUGGUUUUCAUUAUUUAGUUUAAAAAUCUGUUUUUAGUAUAAGAUGAAAUUAAAUCACUGUGUGAUCCUGUAUUUUUGUACAAUCUAAUUUGAGUUAUUACCCCUAUUUUACACCAUAGUUCCCUGUAUCAGAAGGUAUUAAUACAUUUAAACUCUGACUGGGACCUCCAUCCUCUAAAUAGUUCUUGGAUGCAGUAAACGGCGCCAUUUGAGUUAAUCUUUGCAACUUUUUUCACUUUGUCACUUUAUGUUUCACUUCAUGCCAUAAGGUAAACAUGAUUUCUGGUAGAAACUCCAUUACUGUUGCAUGUUUUACUGGGUUUCAUGUUUAUCUCCAGUAGCCAUAACUGAUCGAUCACAAUGACAGAAGCAUGAGUGGUAGGAAACCGAGUAUCUCACAUGUUACAAACACCAUUCCAGCAUGCUCCCCCCUAAAAACAGCCACAGUUUUGCAAGGUGAAAAUUGAUGACACAUGGUAACAGCAAGAACAACAGAGAAGCUGAAUCCAUUUACAGCUUUAGCUGUUUUCUUUGGCCGGCUGGGUUUUUUGUGCAGUCUUGCAGACAAGUGUGAAACCUCAGAGUUAAAGUGUGGGGCCUGAAUCAAGAAUGUGCAGGAUGUGGCCAUAAAGACAUAUUUCUGGUUACUUUUAAAGCUGCAGUAUUUAUACAUUGGGUUUAAUGAUAAAUCAGACUAUCAACACCAGAAAUCAGUCAUUUGGGGAGCUGCUGGGUGCCAAAACAAGGAGGGAGAAAACUGAAAUAAUAGCUCAAUGUUUCUGCGUGUUAAUACUUUAAUUAGCUUACAUGCUGGUAAGAUCAGACUAAGAGCAAGUUAUCACUCUCCACAAAACGACCUGAUCAGAUUCAGAACACAUUUAUGAGGUUUGGCCUCGAGGUCACAUGUGUUGGACCACAUUUCAGGUUUUCACAGAUGAUGAAUAUGUUACAGUGUUGUGUGACUCUCUUGGCUUGGUGCUGAUCUGAAUAUUGGCUUUCCUCCCUACACAACGUCUUUACACUUCUCUAUUGAUGAUUUUUCCAGGAAAGACAUCAAAGCGCUCUGCACCACAGAAGACGCCUGCAGGCAGGCAGGCACAGAGUUAAUCUUUGAUGAUCGCUGUUGCUGGAGCAUGAUGGAUGUGCCAGUUUUCACUUUAGAAAGAUUAAGAAUAAAUGAGAUUUUUUGUGACAAUAGUGAACUGAACAUGAACACAUUUCUGUUAUGGUUGAAGGGAGGCAAAUUAACAUGAAUAAAGAAGUAAAGGAGGCACUGAGCCAUCACUGUCUGAUAUACUAAAACAGCUCAUGAGUGUGCUUGUUCAUGACUUCAGUCUGCAAAGGAAAAGUCAGAGAGGUUUCACAAUGUUAGAUCAGAGGUCGCUUUCUGCCUUUAUCUUUGCACUAUAUAGCCUUGAAAGUCUUUGGAGAGUGAAAAGAAACGACAUUUAUUCACAAAUAUGUCAAAUGCUUUUUUUCAUUGAACAGGGGUCUCCAGGAGCACCAGGAAAAGAUGGCCUAAAGGUGGGGUCGGAUGCUUGUUUUCUUUCAUGUCAUCAUGUAAUAUUUAUGCAUUUUCAAAGAGCAAAAUUAAAACAAGAGCCAAAGUUGGUGCAAAAAGUUUGACUUAAAAAGAUGAAUACUUUCAGCUCAUUCAGCAAAAUGCGUUUGCACAGGCUGAAAACCGCACGGCAGUUGCCAGGAUUCCCUCAAACCAUCAGGUAGAGGUUGUCCAUGUCGAUGAUGCAAUCAGAGCAAGUUACUGCAAGUUGUAAAGAUUAGUGAGCAAAAAAAGUGAGGUGCACAAUUAUGAAGAUUUAAUGAAAAUAGAAAGACCAAAAUGACAAAGCACCUUUAGAUUUUUUGUAAGAGCAAGAGCAGAUUUGGUAUCUGAUUGACCACGAUUUAGUUCAAGGACUGGGAACUAAAACAAGAGCAUCGUGAGCCACACUUGGAAUACUUUGUUUAUGCUUAUAAGAUGAAAGUUUUACCAUUAUACCAAAAGAUCUUGAUAUGUUAAGAGAUAUAGUGUCUUAAAUAAGACUUUUCUCACAACAACUGCAACUGUAGUCCAAAAUUAGAUCUUAGACAAAAGGGGGCAACAGUCUAACAUCUGCUUCAUUCAUAAAACACGCCACUUACUACUUUGUUUACAAAAGACUCUAGAUUUCCCGGUCUUGUGGCUACGUCUGACUUAUUGCAGCAAUAUUUGAGUUUUGCACCAACUGUUCAAGUUUUGGUCCAUAGAGAUUCAAGAACAAGUGUUGAGAUGUCUGAGAUACAACAGCUGGAGAGUUUCUGUUCUGCCCUGGUCCUCUGAUCUCGUUACAAACAUUACACUGUUUGCUUAGCUUUGUGAUCACGUAUGGAACAACUUAGGUGAAUCUUCUUUAUUGAUUCAGUUCUUCGGUGUUCUCUCGGUACAGCCCCGUGUUUGUGUGCGUAGACGGGAGAGUGAUGGUAAUCUGUCUCUCUCAGUAACAAACACAAACCAUCUGCCAAAACACUCACAGCCCCACCGUGACCCUGAGCCCGGCUAACAACCACAGCCGUCAGGGCAAGGUGUGUGUAUGUGUGUGUGGAUUUGCUGCCGUGGGUCAACAAGCUUCUGUGAUGCUCCGCAGACAAGCUCCACGGACAGGGUAUUUAGUGUUACAUGAGCAGCACACGGCUUUCUCACUCUUGUGUUAUGUACUUGAUUCUGAUUGGUCGAACCCCCGUAAUAAUAGUUAUGAUUAGCAAGAGUUUAUAAUAAUAAUAAUGACCAAUCUCUCCAAUCAUCAACCAUGUCUUUAAAAGGUGCUGCUUUUAUUUUCCCUCUUAACCACGAAAGCCCGGUGCAGUUCCUGCAGUACUUGUGACGCCGCACCGAUCUGCCUGUCAAUCUCACGAUCCAUUUUACCCCAAGACACUAAAGCUUUCAACAUUCAUGACCGUAAGAAUAAGAUUGUGAAUACAAGCGGCUGAAAUGAGUUUCCUUUCCUCAGCCUUAGAGAUAGGGUAAGAAGCGUGGACAUCCAGAGGGAGCUCAGAGUAGAGCCGUUUCUUCUAAGCAUUGGAAGGAGUCCCGUAAGGUGGUUAGGGAUGCCUCCUGGGCGCCUACUCAUGGAGGUGUUCCGGGCACGGCCAGUGGGAAGGAGAGACCUUGAGGUCGGCCCACAGCUAGCUGGAGGGAUUACAUGUUCAGAUAUUUAGUGAGUAUGCUGGGUUAUUUGUAGGAUAAUGUAUGGAAGAUCCCUUCAGGCUGAACAAGAACCCCUCCACUUUGCAGCGGCACAAACUGAGGAAUAGAGGGAAAACAGCUUUCCUGGCAUCUUUGCAAAUUUUACUAUAUGCAACAACUUAAUUUGCCAUAAAAUUUAAAAAAAAUCCUUCUAAAAUAAUAAGUUACCUCAUGUACAUUUAUGGGAAUAAGAUGUGGUUGUUAGACGUCUUUCAACAGUCUUUAUGCGAAGUGAGUGCUGUACUCCCGGAGAGAAAGCCAACGAGCUUAAACCAAAAUAAUUCAAUAUUUCUUCAAUUACCUGGAGCUGUGAUACAAAAUCUUAUCUUAUUGCAAUCCUCUGCGGUGCUGUACACAUAUUUUCUUCCUGUUCAUAGCUCUUAAAACCAAAAGUUCCUUAACUUCACUGAUAUGAAUUCUUCUCAUGCUUUUUCCCCCUCGCUGUAAUUCAUCUAAACUAAAUAUUUGUUUUGUUCCCUCAGGGGGAUAGAGGAGCUCCUGGGCCUGUCGGACCACCAGUAAGAUCCUGAUUCCUCACUAUUGUAACUUGCUGCUAUUAUCCAACAGAACAAUACAUUUAAACUGAAGCAUAAGUGGAAAACGGGGCGCUGUGGACACUGGACAUUUAAGGACACAGUUAGGAAAGCUGUCAAACACAAAGUAAAUAGUAUCCAGUGCAAAGUAAGCAUUAUCCCCUUGGAUAAACACAGAUGAUGUUAACUUUAAUAAAUCCUGAGGGGAAGAUCAGUAGCCUGUAAGCAGUGCUGGAGGGUCCGUGAUCAGCUGGAGAUCUUUUGGAUUAAUUUCUCUGUGGCUUCUGAAUUUAAAAAGAGGAGACACGAAAUUAAAUAUCCAGAAACUUCUUAAAGAUGUCUAAAAAUUAAAACCAGAGUUAAGUGUAUAUUAUCUAAACACUUAUUUUUACUGUUUUAAUUUUCCAAGGGUCCUCCAGGCUCUUUUGAUUUCCUGCUCCUGCUAAUGGCGGACAUCCGCAACGACAUCGCUGACCUGCAGAGUAAGGUGUACGGGAGACCGAUGCACUCCGGGGAGGAUUUCCCCCCCGUCCCUGACAGCUGGAGGGACAACCAGGACAGUCUGGACAUGGGCUCAGGUGAAGACUACAGGGAACCUCCACCUCGAACAGGUGGUGGGCAGAAGAGGAACAGGAAGAGGAAACCAGUACGAGAGAGAACAGACUUUGACUGGAACCUUUGAAACGAGACAGAUCUAAAAAAACGUCAGGAGUAAAUAUUGAGAUGUUUUCUUUUUAUUUAACAGAAUGAACUGUACGCCCUCUGAUCACAGAUGUUUAUUUUUAUAUAAUAUUCUCAUGUAGAUUUUUUUUUAUCAAAAUGAGACUGUGAAUAUGCAUGUUUUCCAAAUCUGGAUUUUCAGGAACAUCUGGUUUCUUCACAGCGCAUUAAACAAGUCUCUUCCAAAGAAAAACUUA